UGUAGAGGCUGGUGUUAUGUUCGUUAAACCCAAUGGAGCCUUUUACUACCGUGACUGCUUUCGGGACGGGUCUCGCCGUACUAACAGCAAUAUUCUUCCCCAUAAUAAAUCCAUUCCAUGAAAAAUGUAACAAGGAGGGAAAUUUGAAUGUUACAGGUAUAUAUAGGGGGGCUGGGACAUAUAAGGGUAAUUUGUAUUGUGAUGUACAUCAGACCAAAUGUUAAGAAAUAGAUCUAACAUGCAGGAAGCUUAGAGUUCCUUAAUUUACUUUUAGCAUAAUAUCUGUGUCAGCUAUACACCAGGGAUUCCUGGAUAUCAAUUAUACAUGCUGAUGGGUUGCACAGGAAAAGAGCUUCCCUCUAGACUGUUCCAUUUUUAUUAUUCAAUCAAUGAAUCUGGUAGUUCCUCUGGGCUCCCUCCUUAAUUAAAGUUGCAUUCUGUUCUUUACAUCUUAUGGCAGAGUAGGAGCUCUAUGUGCAGAAAAACCCAGUUGCAACAUUUUAACAAGUGUUUGUAUGUUAUAUUAUUUUUUUUUGUAUAAGUUUGUAUAUAGAUUAUGCACAAAAAUAAUAAAUUAACUAAUGAAUAUGGAAUUCCGCCCUUUGUACUACGUGGGAAGGCGUGCACAUAGUGCAUCAGUGAAACUGAAAACUUGUCUCCAUUGCCCGGGGCUGAUAGAGGCAUGAUCACCAUUUGUAAUGCCAUGUUUUGUGCAAAAAAAAAAAAAAACUAAACAAAACUUUUAAAUCACUCAAAAUUGAUUUAAACUGCUCCCCUGAUUUAUGUUGUAGCACGUGUUGUUUAAAUGUUAGAAAGUGUAAAAGUUCAGCCCCAUGUGAAAAGAUAUUUUAAAUAGUACAAAAAAUAAAUAAAUAUUAGAAGCAUUCCUCUUAAUUGGACAUGCGUUUGACCUUUUUUUUUUUUUUUUUUUUUAAUAAUGGGAUUCACUGUGUCACUCAGUAUAUAGCAGGAUGCAGUGUGGGUGUACGUGUCACUCCGUAUAUAUAGCGGGAUGCAGUGUGUGUCUGUCACUCCGUAUAUAGCGGGAUGCUGUGUGUGUGUGUCACUCCGUAUAUAGCGGGAUGCUGUGUGUGUGUGUCACUCCAUAUAUAGCGGGAUGCUGUGUGUGUGUGUCACUCCAUUAUAUAAGCGGGAUGCUGUGUGUGUGUGUGUCACUCCGUAUAUAGCGGGAUGCUGUGUGUGUCACUCUUUAUAUAGCGGGAUGCUGUGUGUGUGUCACUCUGUAUAUUGCGGGAUGCAGUGUGUGUGUGUGUCACUUAGUAUAUAGCGGGAUGCAGUGUGUGUGUGUCACUCAGUAUAUAGCGGGAUGCAGUGUGUGUGCGUGUCACUCAGUAUAUAGCGGGAUGCAGUGUGUGUCACUCAGUGUAUAUAGUGGGAUGCAGUGUGUGUGCGCACGUGUCGUUCAGUAUAUAGCGGGAUGCAGUGUGUGCGCGUGUCGUUCAGUAUAUAGCGGGAUGCAGUGUGUGUGUGUGUCACUCAGUAUAUAGCAGGAUGCAGUGUGUGUCACUCAGUAUGUGGAGGGCUUCACUGUGCAGAGCAGUGUGUGUCAAUCAGUAUAUAGCGGGAUUCACUGUGCAGAGCAGUAUAUGGCGGGAUUCACUGUCCAGAGCAGUGUGUGUCAUUCAGUAUAUGGCGGGAUUCACUGAGCAGAGCAAUGUGUGUCAUUCAGUAUAUGGCGGGAAUCAUUGUGCAGAGCAGUGUGGGUGUCUGUAUAUGGCGGAAUUCACUUUGCAAAGCAGUGUGGGUGUCCGUAUAUGGUGGACUUCACUGUGCAGAGCAGUGUGGGUGUCGGUAUAUGGCGGAAUUCACUGUGCAGAGCAGUGUGUGUGUCGGUAUAUGGCGGAAUUCAAUGUGCAGAGCAGUGUGGGUGUUGGUAUAUGGCGGAAUUCACUGUGCAGAGGAGUGUGGGUGUCAGAACAUAGCGGAAUUCACUGUGCAGAGCAGUGUGGGUGUCAGUAUAUAGCAGGAUUCACUGUGCAAAGCAGUAUAUGGCAGGAUUCUGUGCAGAGCAGUGUGUGUCAAUUAAUAUAUUGCGGGAUUCACUGUGCAGAGCAGUGUGUGUCAUUCAGUAUAUGGUGGGACUCAUUGUGCAGAGCAGUGUGGGUGUCCGUAUAUGGCAGGAUUCAUUGUGCAGAGCAGUGUGGGUGUCAAUCAGUAUAUGGCGGGAUUCAUUGUGCAGAGCAGUUUGGGUGUCAGUAUAUGGCGGGAUUCAUUGUGCAGAGCAGUUUGGGUGUCAGUAUAUGGCGGGAUUCAUUGUGCAGAGCAGUUUGGGUGUCAGUAUAUGGCGGGAUUCAUUGUGCAGAGCAGUUUGGGUGUCACUCAGUAUAUAUCCGAUUUCACUGUUGUUGUGCAUCGAUCUUGCCACAUUACCAUGACAUUGCUCAUACAAUAUCGCUUUCCUAUGCGACCGGCGGAAUGCGCGCGCAGCUCUUGCCGCGCGUGCGCAUUCAGCCAACGGGGCGGAUCGGAGGAGGAGAGGAGGCAGAGAGCUCCCCGCCCAGCGCUGGAAAAAGGUAAGUUUUUACCCCUUUCCCCCUUCCAGAGCUGGGCGGGAGGGGGACUCUAAGGGUGGGGGCACCCUCAGGGCACUAUAGUGCCAGGAAAACAAGUAUGUUUUCCUGGCACUAUAGUGGUCAUUUAAGGCAAAGUGUGACAGGGUGAAUCGGGGGUGUUGUCUGAUUGUUCAGUUGCACAUCAUGUACAAUGCUAUUUUCUGCAAUACCUAGACAUAGGACACUAAUUGGUUAGAUCAGUGUUCCCCCCUCCCCCAAACCCCCCAAAGUUGGAGUGGAAAACACAGGGAAGAAAAACAAACAGGUAAAUAUGAAAAAAAAAUCACAUUUACCUACUUUUUCUGCCUGCAUUCGCAUUCAAAGGUAUGCAUUUCCCUUUUAACCCCUUAAGGACACAUGACGUGUGACAUGUCAUGAUUCCCUUUUAUUCCAGAAGUUUGGUCCUUGAGGGGUUAAAGGAGCACUCAAUGCCCAUAAAGCACUUUACGUUGCUUACGUCUUGGCUUUCAAUCAGACAACCGGUCCUGUUACUUUCUGGUUGUUUAGUUCAGUGGAGCUAAACUCGAUAGACGAGCAGUGACCCAGACACCUGCCUUGCAAGGACUUCUCAUUGUGCUGCAUUGGGGAGUCUGUGAUUGGACAGAAAAUCUGGGCAGGUCGGCUUGCAGAAGUUGUGCAUACCAGAGACCUGCAGCUUUUAAAAAAUUGUUUUUAUGUAUACCCCCAAUGAAAAAUGUAUCAUUAAAUACAUUCAAGUUUUAAUUGGGUGUAUCUACUAAAUAGUGUUUCAUUUUGUUUGGCCGGUGGAUUGUGCCAUUAAAGUAUAGACUGCUGGAUUGUAUCCAUUUUAAUGUUUAUUUAAAGAGUUACUCCAACCACCAUGGCAACUUCAAUGGUUUGAAGUGUUCGUGGUGGUAGGAGUAUGUACGUACAGUGUUUCUGCUUUAAACACUUCACAGACUGAGUUGUUUUUAAUUGGGUGCUGGAAGAUUGUUGCACCCCCAGCGCACAUGACUUUCCUAAUGUAAAUUCUUUACGUAUUUUACUCUCCUAUCCCUCGCCGGCAGAACAGAGAGAGCACAGGCUUCUCUGUAUAAAGCCUUUUAUUGGACCUGGCGUGGUUCCUGUGACAUCAUGAAGAGGCAUGGAAAGCUUAAUUUUUUUUAGAUGGGGGAGGGACGGGACAAGUUUGGAGUAACUCUUUAAAGGGACACUAUAGUCACCUGAACAACUUUAGCUUAAUGAAGCAGUUUUGGUGUAUAGAACAUGCCCCUGCAGCCUCACUGCUCAAUCCUCUGCCAUUUAGGAGUUAAAUCCCUUUGUUUAUGAACCCUAGUCACACCUCCCUGCAUGUGACUUGCACAGCCUUCCAUAAACACUUCCUGUAAAGAGAGCCCUAUUUAGGCUUUCUUUAUUGCAAGUUCUGUUUAAUUAAGAUUUUCUUAUCCCCUGCUUUGUUAAUAGCUUGCUAGACCUUGCAAGAGCCUCCUGUAUGUGAUUAAAGUUCAAUUUACAAAGAAAGAGAUACAAUUAUUUAAGGUAAAUUACAUCUGUUUGAAAGUGAAACCAGUUUUUUUUUUUUUCAAUGCAGUCUCUGUCAAUCAUAGCCGGGGAGGUGUGGCUAGGGCUGCAUAAACAGAAACAAAGUGAUUUAACUCCUAAAUGACAGUGAAUUGAGCAGUGAAAUUGCAGGGGAAAGAUCUAUACACUAAAACUGCUUUAUUUAGCUAAAGUAAUUUAGGUGACUAUAGUGUUCCUUUAAUGUAUGAUGUGUUUUGAACCCCCAAAAUGGCUCAUCCUUUUUACUCCAACUGUUGGAGACUUCAUUGCUAAUGAUGCUCAGUCAGCGGUUUCAAUGUCAUACUGCCAAUAAUCACUGAUGUAAAUAUUCUCUAUUCUGCAGUGUUCUGAAACUGGAAACCUGUUCUGAUGAGUUAUUUUGUGUUCUUCCUUCCCUCAGCUAUGCAGUGGGACUUUGAAAGCAAACUAUUUGGGCAGCACCUGGCCAAGAUCACCACCCUAAAAGUGUUACCUGGUUUCCUCAAGAAUAAGCACCCUAAAAAGCCACUUGUGUUGUCCUUCCAUGGCUUGACAGGCACCGGGAAGAACUAUAUCAGUCAGAUCAUAGCCCAACAUAUUUAUCCUGAUGGACUGAAGAGCAAAUUUGUGCAUCAAUUUGUAGCCACACUGCAUUUUCCCCACGUUCAACAUCUCGAUAUGUAUAAGGUAUUGAACAGAAUCUGUGUUUAUAUUCACGGUAGCAAGCCUGUGCUAAGAACAAAAUGUCUUACAACAUGAUAAAUAUAGAAUUAAUAAGCAGGAAUUGGAAGCACAAGGGUUAUUCUCUAAACUGUAGCAAAUUGGCAAGGGGAUUUCAAAUUCUAGGACAAAAUAGCCAAACUUGAAAUUAAAGAGGGACAACUUGUUUUGUGCCCAAAAACCUCUUUCCCUCUUUUCUAGAAGCUGCAUAUUGUUGGUGUGUCUGAGUGUAUAACAGAGCUCCACAGCAAUAACACUCCCAGUAAUGUGUUUUUAAAUUACAAUAAACAUGUUUUGAGAUGUCUGUGUAAAUAAUAUAUAUUGUUCUUGAUCUAAAUUACAUUUUAGUUGCAUAAAUUAUUAGUAAGUCACCUAAAACCUCUCAGAAGAGCCUCGCCCCUGGCUACUUCCUUACACCCCAAAAAUCAAAGAAUCCCUCUUUGUCCACUUGAAAUCUGACACAUUGCUUGCUUGCCCCCCUCCCCUCUACUGCUGAGAUAGCACACAAAUCAAAGCAUGCAUACUGUUUUACAUAACUAUAAAGCGUCAACAAUUCCGUAGCUCUGUACAAAUGAGGAGCAUAAAUACCACAUAUAUACCAAACACACAAUACUGUAUUAGUGAUAGGUUUAUUUACUAAAUGGUAAAUUGUAAUGUACUGAAAACAAAAUUUCAAACUUUAGGCAAAAAAUGCCUCUCCCCUAUUUUUAAAAAUCUUCAUUGUUGUGUCUGUGACCCCCAACUUUGUCUUUUUUUCUAAACUUUUUUUAUUUUUUUGUAAAUUUCUGUUUAUUGUAAAAUUUUGUUUUAGUAGUUUGUGAUAAACCAGAUUAUUGCUAUCAAAAUUACAUCUAUAGAUCAACCGUGUAGUGGUACGUGCAGGGACCCAGAAAGGUCAAGUAGUGCAGUGGUCAGUUAACACUCGCAGGUCCCUAUAAAGGUAGUGUGAGACUCGCAGGUCUCGGUAGGUAUAGAUUAGUACACGCAGGUACCCAUAUAUAAAGCAGUUAAAACUGUAAUCUGGCUAUUAUCAUGCGUCGCCAUGCAAGGAGAAAUAUACUCCUCGGUUAACAGUAACACGAGUGGUGGAGUCAAACUGGGUAAGACCAAAGUGCAUUGACCCAAUGGCACCAGGGAGCCCCCUGUGAGGACCAACAAGGUCGAUUUUUAUUUUUUUUAUUUUUUACAUUUUUUUCUAAACUGUCCCACAGCAUUUUAUGCCUCUCAGCUUUAAAUGUCCCCACUCCCCAGCUUUUUUUUUGUCCUCCAGCCUUGUGUGUCUUUUUAGGGUUCUUUUUAUUUUAUUUUUUUGUUCCUCAUCUCUCUGUGACCCCCAGUGUGUAGUAAUGUGGCCUUACAUUUUUUCUCUAGCCCAGUUUCAGCACAGAUUUGAGUGCAGCAGCGGGAAGUGUUCAGUAGAUUUAGACGAGUUAGAGAUCAUGUCAUGUCUUGCACACUGAGUGGUGAGGCUGGGCUUGAAUAAAUCAGGGUAUAUUACCCAUUUUAUCCCACUCACAAAAUUACCUGGGUACGGGGUAAUCUUCCCCCCUCUUCUUAUACCUAUAGUUAUUCUCCGAAGCUUGGCUAUUUUGAAUCCUAAUAGUUGCAUUUGCAAUUACUCUGUCAAUUCUCCAUAUUUACUGGUUUAGUGUAUCCAAGUUUAUAUUUUCCAAGUGCACACAUGAACGAGCGUCCUAAGUUGGGGUUUUUGUGAAGUUGCUGAAUAGACCCACUGUGUUACUUUACGACUUAGAUUAUUAUGUCUAAUUGUAUUGAUCCUGAAGAAUUGACAUGCUGUUCUUCUUUUCCUGUUUUGAUUUCCAUUUUACCAAACAAAGAACAGUCCGUUCCCAGCUAGACAAUACAAAAACAAUAAUGCGAUAGACAAAAAUAACUAGGUUAUGCCUAACAAAAGAUAAAAGAUACUACAAACAGUAUGUAGUUAUAAUUACAUGAUUUUGCUAUUUCAUGACGAAAAGUUAUGAUUUUAUGAAAGACACGGAGGUGAGUAUUGCUUAACCAUUUCUUUACUGUCCACCAAUAGCAGCAAAGAAUACAAACAGUAAGAAAAAAAUGGUAACCAUAGUAAUAGGCCACUCCCAUACCAAGUCCCAGUAUAAUAGUCAGCACCUCCCCACAUAUUUCCUCUUUCUUUAGAGAUGCGACACAAUAACCACCAAACAGGAACCGAUGAACCAGUCCAACCACAGCAGAACAACCAUCCCGAAAUCCAGCUGGACUCCGAUCAGGAACCAUAAACGAACUGGGACCAAUCCAUCAACGAAUAGAAACGCAAACAGUGAGGAGCCCAUCACAGAACAAUCCAUAGACCUCCAGCCAACGUGGUGAAGCCUUGUGGGAAGUAGUGAAGAUCCCCAAACAGCACAGAAUCCACCUGUGAAAACAUAAAAAAACAGGAGCUGAACGGUUAAAUCGGUACUUGACAGAACGUAUUGAUAAACAGAAGCAACACAGUGCCCAUAACGUAAGACAAAACCCACCAGACAAAACAAAAAUAACAUGAUCAGGUCGGAUGAACAUAAGAGGUACUAUAAACACAGAGCGCGUCACAUAUACCUACCAUCCCCUGGAAACAUACCUGAGAGAGAAAACAACAGGGAGGGAUAAUCAAAUGAAAGAAACGUAAAACGGUGGGACAAUACUCGCCUCCGUGUCUUUCAUAAAAUCAUGACUUUUCGUCAUGAAAUAGCAAAAUCAUGUAAUUUUACGUCAAGAUACGGAGGCACAUAUUGCAAGUUUAAAGCUGAUCAAUAAUUAGAAGAAAAAAUGUGAGGCGUAGGCCGUAAGUAAAACUCGCGAAAAGUGGAUUCGCAGGACCAGUCCGCCAUCCUCAUCAGGUCUUCCAGAUGCGCCCCCGAAGCCACCAUAGAUGUGGCUGAUCCCCCUGGAGGAAUGGGCGCUAAAGAUGAACGUAUCCACACCAGCCAGUGACAUUACCCAUUUCACCCAGCAAGCCAAGGUAGUACUGGACACAGGGGAAAAAGGUUGACAAACCAAGAGGAAAAGCCGAGGGGACGGAACCGAACAAUGUGCACACGUCCGAAGCUCACAUUACCGGACACAACGCCGGGGUAACAGGAAAAACUCGGAUACGAAACCGACCGAAUAGCCGUCUUAGUGGGUCUGGAGAUGUUAAAUGACACCCCGUCCGGAGUGAAAGACCUAGCAUCAUAGUCCAGGGCACGGACAUCCGAAACCCGUUUGCAUGAAAUGAGGCAAAAAAGGGAGACCAACUUGGCCGACAACUGUCAUAGGGAGAGAUCCGAAUUGGGAGGCCAGGAAGUAAAAAGCGACAAAAUGCAGGAGACGUCCCAAGUAGCAGAGUACCGAGGCCUAGGACGGCGCGACAGGCGCGAUCCCCAAACCAAGCGGCACACCAAAGGGUAGCCGUCAAAGCCCUGAUGAGCCGAGGAAAUGGCCGAUCUGUACACGUUAAUCGUGCAAUACGCCCGACCAGCCUCAAAUAACGAAGUGAGAAACUGGAGGAUCGCAGUCACAGGUGCCGAAACAGGAUCCAUGUUUCGAGCUAGGCACCAACCAGCCCAAGCUCUCCAAGCUGUCCCAUAUGAUUGUCUAGUUGCAACCGAAACCCCUUGCAUUUCCCAGGGACCCUGGAAAUCCUCCACACGAGCAGCAGCAACGACCCGUCCGACAGGAGGGGGUGUUGUCGGCCUGACGGGUUCAGAAGGAUGUCCUGGUAGGAUGGGAGCAGUCUGGGCACAUCCAUCGCCAGUUCCAGGAGCUGUGGGAACCAUGAUUGGGUCCCCCAGAACGGACUCAGCAGGAUCAGGUCAGCCAUUUGGCGGCGAACUUGGAGCAGGACCUGAGGGAUCAUGACAAACUGAGGAAAAGCAUAAAGGAUUGAGCCGGUCCAAUCUUGCAGGAAGGCGUCUACUGCCUUCACGGCCAGAUCUGGGCACCAGCUAUAGAACCGAGGUAAUUGGGAAUUAAGCCGGGAUGCGAAGAGGUCAAUGGCAAAAGGUCCCCAGAGAGACGAGAUAGCGGAGAACACCCGUACAUCCAAUUUCCAAUUGCUGCUGUCCGACAGCGUGAAAUCCAGUCCGCAUGAGUUUUGUGGAGUCCAGGGAGGUAUUCCGCCUGGACGACCAGAUUCCUGACCAAGCAAUAAACCCAAAAGUCCUUCGCCAAGCAGGCCAGAAUAGCGGACUGCGAAGAUGUUGUCCAUGCGCAGCCAAAUGCAUGCGCUGGCAGUCCCAUUCGCAAAGCUCCGGAGCUCCAGAGCAUUGAUGUGGAGACGGGAUUCAUCGUCCGACCAGCGACCCCCAGUAGUCACACCGUUGCAGUGGGCACCCCAACCAUGGAGACUUGCGUCUGAAUCCACUGUGAACGCCAGUUGAGAAUCGAAGAUGGCCUUGCCAUUCCAAGCUGAGAGGAUCCACCAGGUCAACUCGUCCCCAGUUUCAGAGUCCAGAGAGACCAUGUCCGCAUAGGACGCCCCACUGCGAAGGUGUUUAAUCUUCAGUCGUUUGAGUUCACGGUAGUGGAGAAGGGCUGGGAACACCACCUGGAUCAAUUAUGUCAGUAGGCCAAUGAUCCAUGCCAGAUGGCGCAGCGUUAACUGGGGGCGCGUUAGAGCAUGGCGCAGUUCCUUGCGUAUGGCCCAAAUCUUGGACAAAGGGAGGCUGAAUGAUUCCGCUUCGGAGUCUACGGUGAACCCGAGGAGCUCCAUGCGUUGCGAAGGGGACAGGCAGGAUGUUUCCCAGUUGAGGAGGAAACCCAGGAAAGAGAGGAGGUCUAUCGUCCAUUGCAGAUGCUUUAGGAAGACGGAACACUCCUGUGCCAUGAUGAGGAUGUCGUCCAAGUAGACUAUCAGCCGAACUCGACUGCGCAACCAAGCCAUGGCAGGGCGCAUCAAUUUUGUGAAGCACCAAGGAGCUGCCGAAAGUCCAAAGGGAAGGCAUGUGAAGCGCCAGGUGUCGCCUUUCCAGAGAAAGCGUAAUAAGUCCCUGGAUGUCUCGGCCACUGGGACCAUCAGGUAUGCAUCCUUCAGAUCUAACUUCGCCAUCUCACAGACUUUACCAGGUACCAGAGGUCUUGGGCAUUCUGCCCUGAGCUUAUGACGCACCGCCUUACUGAGGGGGCGCCGUACCCAAUUCUCUAGGUAUCGUGCCAUAUGGUCCGCUGGGAGCCAUUCAGCCGACCUUGGAUGACGGAGAGCAUCCGGCUCAAACAUGGGUUCCCCAGACGGAUCCAUGAGGGUGGAGCCCGCAGUAGCGGGAGCGUCGUUCCGAGAGCCACUCAAAGCCACCCCCGACUGAGCAGGGACAAAAGGAUCAGUGUCCUGCCCGCAUACCUCAUUGUCAGAGUCACACACGGACUCAGCAUCAGCCUCCUCACUAGACCCGAUUUCUGAGUUUGAGUCGCUCUCAUGUUGUGCUCUAGCACAUUUCCACUGCCACACCUGUUCUGCGCGGAAAGGCUCUUUUGCGUGACGUGGGCCCGCUAUUAUGGGUGGUCACGGGUGCACCCGUCAUAUUGGUUCUGGAGGCAGGGGGACGUAAGUGCCUGUAUUUGGCGGUAGUCUUUUUAGGUGCGUCCCCUGGACCAGGACGCUUUAUGUGCGUUGGUGUGGCUGAACUUUCUGCAGCCAGUGGGUGCGCAUGUAAGGCCUGGGAGAUGGUCUGGGAGAGGGUUGAGGACAUAGAGCCCAUAGUAGCCAUAAUGGCGUCAGUGACUGUACGCUGUAGCGCCAGGGAUUGGGUCUCCUCAGGCACAGACAUAGGAUCCAAUGCAGACGUAGGGGAAUUAGAGCUGGAAGAGGGGUUACCCAAAACCUUGGGUAUGUCCAUCUCACCAGGGGAAAGGGGGGCUUGCAGGCACCUUAGAUUUGGGCAUAUUAAUGCUGUGAGAUUCCCCCAACAAAAUACGUUACUGAAAACAGUUAUAGACUAAAAUAAAUAAACAGAACAGGCUAGCAGGAGUUAAUCACUCCAAACUAGAUAUUAACCUUUUAAAGAGGGUAGAGAUACAGAGCUCACCUGGGCCCAGACUGCCAUACAGGAAGAGACACGAAGCAGAGAACAGAGCCAGAUGGACAGGAUGCCAGCAGGCCGCCGGCAGUCUCGCAAGAUUCGUGGCGAAAAAUCCCUUGAAUUCGUCUAGUUAAAGAACCGAACGUUCGGUAAAAAAAGAGACGAAUUCGUGGGAACAAACAAACGAAUGAAAUAAAUAGGAAACAGCCCAUUCGUGUAAAAGUCGAAUGCGGCAAACAGACGAAUGAUGCUAUAUGCCAGUAAAACUAACGAACGGCAUGGGUCCGUGAUAAAUUUAACCGAACGGGCUUGAUUCAUACACGAAAACAGCCAAACAGAUAUGGAGAAACAGACGCAAAAGGCGCCAAACAGACAGGGAGAAAGGAGAAAUGGAGCCAAAAGGCAGAGAUAAGGAGAUAGUGAAACGGAAAAGAGAUAAGAGCAACAAAGGAAAGCUCAAGGGCGAGGGAAACAAAGAAUAAGCCCCCAAAGAAGGUCUGGAACCCUGGGCUCAAAGGUAACAAGCAUAGGCAUAAUACACAAAAAUAAUAGAAGUAAUAAACAGAAGAAAAAAUCUGUUAUAAUAUAAGGAAAUAAAGCAAAAAUAAUAUCUUCAAAACUAAGAACAAUAUAAAUAAUAGAUAAUAAUAAUAAUAAUAAAAAGAAAGUAUAGGUAAGAAAAAAAUAGUCAUGUACUUAUCUUUGUGUGGAGCAGCAAAGAAAGAGGAAAUAUGUGGGGAGGUGCUGACUAUUAUACUGGGACUUGGUAUGGGAGUGGCCUAUCACUAUGGUUGCCAUUUAUUCUUACCAUUUGUAUUCUUUGCUGCUAUUAGUGGACAUUAAAGAAAGGAUUAAGCAAUACGUGUCUUGACAUAAAAUCAGUGUUCGGUAGUAAUAAAUGUCCAUAUCUUCACCAGAAUAAUCUUGAUAUUUUUAAGAUGUAAAGAUCCUUAGUGGUCAUAUGCAAUAAAAAGAGACAACAAGGACCGAGGCGAGUAGUAUGUAUGGUAUUGCACAAAAAAGAACAGAAAAACCAACGGCUAUGGACAGAAUAAGAUGUAACUUGUAAUUAUAACACCUUAAAAGGGCAAUUGGAACCAAUAUUUGUCAAAAAAGGUAAGUAUUUUUACACAAAUUACUAAGUUUCAAUCAAAUUUUGAAUACAAAGAAUUCAUGAAUUUCAAUCUUGUGAUUCAGUAUCUAUUCGAGGUCAAAUUAGUCAAAAACAUAUAAUGCUACUCUAUUUCUCUGGAAGUAGUUCCAGCAAGUCACCAGUAGAGGUCAUCCUCUCUUUAACUCUUUCUGAAAUAACUAAGAUCACAGAAAAGAAGAACCAGAGGGCUAAACAUGGGCACGCACAUAUAAUCGAGCUUCAUACAAGCUCUAGAAAUACCAGCAUACAGUGAAACGAUAUGAUACUUGUUCGUGUCCUCAGUGUUUCCAUAUGUGAUUAUACAUAUACAAUGAGAGAGAACAAACAAAAAUCUCCAAUAGUAUAAACAUGUAAUUAAAGAUUAUAUAUAAUAAUAACAAAGUUUAACCAGAAAAGGUACAUUCAGAUUACUCUGGUUUUCAAGGACGUCCUGGGGAUGUUACCUUAGCCCAACAUCCAGGGUUUUUUACUAUUACCCAAUUUAAUGGUACUCAUAGAUAUCUAUCUCUAUCAAAAAUACAAACAUAAAUGUGGAGCUUGAACAAGCUCAGGGAACACAGCGUGCAGCAGUAUAAUCCCUGUCUAAGGAUGUGUGGAUGGUAAAAAAAUUUUGAGUGAACAUUAAUUAUCUUAACAUUUUAAAAUGACUUCAGAUUAUUCUGAGAAGAUUUGGACAUUUAAUACCCCUUGGUAUUGAUAAUCACCAGAUAUUGGUUGAAUGUAUAUGAUAUCCUCUUAUAUCUUUUGUUAGGCACAACCUGGUUAUUUUUGCCUAGCGCAUGUUUCUAUUUUGAGUGUAGAGGUGCACCCUUGUGUCAGUGUGUGCUACAUUGUUGUCUCUAUCAGAGAUUGUAGCAUUGUAUCAAUCUUAUAUGUUUGACAUAAAAAUUAUACCUGUACAUAUAUUUUGUUUUGUUUUUAUAGGACCAGCUACAGACAUGGAUCAAAAGAAACGUAUCGGCUUGUGAACGCUCCGUGUUCAUAUUUGACGAGGUGGAUAAAAUGCAACCGGAACUCAUUGAUGCCAUUAAACCAUAUUUGGACUACUACGAACAUAUAGAAGGUGUAGAUUAUCGCAAAGCUAUUUUCAUCUUCCUGAGGUAAGGAGCAUAUUUAUUUUGCACUGCUGAGAUGGAUCGGUCACCAAAAUAAUUUCUGAGUAUUGUAAUUUCAACAAAACUUGCCAAAAGUGGAAAUGCAAAGAUCCUGUAGGUGACAGCAGCUUUAAAGGGGCACUAAAAACACCAUACCUUAGAUUUUGUUAGCUGUCCUGAGCUAAGCCUUGCUGUGCAGAGCUACCUCAUUGGCUGAGAACAUCCACCGAUCACUCUCAGCCAGUAAGAUAAACCCUGUUCCUCCGGGCUCCGCUCAGAAAGAGAUCUUCCUGCUCUUUGAAGACUGUAAUCGAGGCAGGUAGCUGCAAACCUGAGGUGAGAUAGUUACACAGUAAUCUAGGUUGAAAAAACACUCAAAUCCGUCACUGGGGGGUUUGGGACACUAGGGCGUGCUGUAGUAGAUAUGGGCCUUGGAGUUUUUCUUUAACUAAAAACAAACCAGUUCUUAUAACAUUCUAUAUUAAUAAUAAAACAGUAACUGUAUUGCUUACUGCUGAACCCUCCAUGCUUAUGGAAAAAAACCUGUAACAAAAUAUUGCUGCUGACUUUUUUUGGAAUGUAGAAACUGACUAUUCAUUACCAAAGAAAACGAUUUCCUAUAUUUUCAUACAGCUAAUGCAGAGCCACUUACAGCCGUCAAGAAGAACAUUAGGCACAGUUUUACUCAGAUUCAAUCUUUGAGAUCCACAAGUUUAUUUGCUAAAUAUUUAGUUGACCAUCAACUUUUUCAAAUUAACAGAGCUAAACAUUUCUUUCAACUCUGUGUUUGUCAGCUCAUCACAGUCUUCCAUUUUAUAGAUCACUUACUCCUCAUGUGAACUUACACAGACGACUGACUACAUUUGAGGACUACUUUUGCAGAUGUCCUUUACAGACCAGGAAUGGUCCAAUAUAAUGAUUUUGACACAUCAGUUCUAUAUAUGCCCUAGAUUUCAGGAGACUGAUUUUUAAAAUCUUAUUUUCAAUCACAGCAGCCCAGUGAGAAGGGGGCAGGGACAGAGAGAGAGGGUGUUAUUUCAUCACCAAUGACAAGCACACCCCCCUCAAAGUGAAAAUAUUGGCAUAUUAGUUUAAUUCCCAUAUAACCCAUGCACGAGAACAAAAGCCCUGUAUUUAUACUGUGCAGCAAAAGUGAAUUGAAUGACAUGCUUACGCUGCGUUUGCUUGUGACUUGCCUCUGGUGUCUCCAAAAGUGGGAUACCAGAGGACAAAAGGAGCAGGGGAUGCAGUGAGUGUGUGCAUAGGGGCUGUAGUGUAUUUAUGUGUGUAUAGGAGCUGUAGUGUGUGUGUAUAGGUGACGUAGUGUGUAUUGGGGCUGCAGAAUAUUUGUGUUGGCAUAUAGGGUAUCUAGUAUGUAUAGAUGGUGCAGUAUGUGUAUCAGGGAUUAAGUGUCUAUAGGGGACCUAAUAUGUGUAUGUAGGGGUGCUGUGUGUGACUGUGUUGGUUGGUAGAGGCUGUAAAUUGUGUGUGGGGUGGGUGAAAUCUAUUUGUGUGUGUGUGUGUGUGUGUGUAUGUGUAUAUAUAUAUAUAUAUAUAUAUAUAUGUGUGUGUGUGUGUGUCUAUGAUUUGUGAGCCUGUUCAUUUCAAGUCGAGUGGAGACAGGCAGGCAGGUGUGCGGCUGGUUCAUGAAGAGCUGAUGGAGGCAGGCAACUAGCUCACGGAUAGGUGAGGGAGGUGGGCGGCUGAUUGCUGAGGCAGUGAAGGAGUUGCCAUCUCCCUGCUCUGCUCCCUCGCACACCCUCCUGUGAUGCCGGGGGCCGGAAUAUGAUGUAACUCCAGCCCUGCAUUACUUAACAGCACAGUAGGGAGCAGAGCAGGGAGAUGACAGCAGCCCCACUGGACCCCAGGGGAAGCUGAACCGCUCCAACUAUCCCAAAGGUAGGGAGGCUGGGUGGACACAUUAAAAAAAAAUAAUAAUAAUUUGUGAGUGUUGCAGUAUCAGUGAGUGUCUGUCAGUGUCACCUUUUUUUCUCACGCCAUGCUGGUGGCGCUGCUGGCCCCACCUCCAUGGCUGAGAUCAAUCUUGAAGAUCUCAGCCAAUCCAAUGAUUCCUGAUAGGAAAGCAUUAGGAGACUAUUGCACAUGCGCAGCACAACACCACGCUGUGCCAAUCAACUCAAAUUAAUGUUUACCUAUAGGGAGCUCUAAGUAGGUGAUGCAUACUGCAGCAUGGACCCAGGAAGCACCUCUAGUGGCCGUCUGAGUGACUGUCACUAAAGAUGUUACUAGGCAACAAUGUAAACCGUUUUAUCCAAAAAGACAGUGUUUACAUUGAAAAGCACCAGACACCAGAACAACUACAUUAAGCUGUAAUGGUUCUAAUGACUGUAGUGUCCCUUUUAAGAAUUGUAUUUUUGACGUUGAAAAGCAUGGCUCCUAACCUUUUUAGCUGGCUCAUAGAUUACAAGCAAAACUGUCUAUAUAUCUAUUUAUUUUCUCAUUUUAUUUUUUUAAGAUCACUUCUAUUACAAGAUCUGGCUCUGUGCUGUUCGACCAUUGCUGUAGUAACUCGCGGCAAUGUUCAGAUCUGCUGGCUUGCGGGAGGAACGUUCAGCCUCCUCUCUUUACUCUAGUGCCAGUGGGUCAGUGAGGGAGAUUUUUGAUCUACCCACUGGCCUGCGAAUGCACACAUCAAGGUCGGCGCUUUGAUAGCAACGCCUCUGCCUGGGCUGUCAGGGGAGAUUUUAUGAUCUCCCCUGUUGGCCUCGGCCCGUGGCCGUUGCAGCCAACUGGGCAUUUGCACGGUUUGCCCAAUGACCAGGCCUAGAAUCUGAUAAAAGUACACUCAUACGUAUUUGAGCCAGUAGUUAGUAUGCGCUAUAUACUCAUAGGUAUUAGGUUGUGAUAUUGGUUACACAUGCGGCAUUACACUAUAUAGAGUGAUUUCUUUGUUUUCUCUUGUAUGUUUUAUUUUGUCUUUGUUUUUUUGUUUUUACAUUAGUACACCCAAUCUAGAUGACAGGAUGAGUGUAUAACUAUACUUCUUCUUCACUUUUAUGUUUCAUUUAACACUUUUAUAAAUUAACUUGGUUGCUUCCCCCUGGCUGUCAAUUAGAUAACAGGUCCAGUUACUUCCUGGUUGUGUUAGCUCCAUGAAACUAAACUCAAGAGACCGCAAUUGCCAAGAGCACCUCCUUAUUGAGCUGGAUUGGGAAGUCUGUGAUUGGACAGACUCAGAAACUCUGGAAGGAUUUAGAAAGGGAGGGCUUGCAUGGUGCUGUAGCCAAGAGAACUGCAUGUUUUGCAAGAUGUUUUAAGAUCUGACUCCAAUGAAAAAAUGCAUGAAUAAAGGCAUGUAAGUUUUCAUUUGUUGUACAUAUACUAAACAGUGAUUUUUAUUUAUUUUUUGUUUGGGCACUGGAGUGUUCCUUUAAGAAGCCUAUCUGUGAUAAUAACUUGUGGUAUUUCCCUACAGUUGUCAAGAACAAAAAGACUUGUUUUACUCUAAGUUCCUGCAAUUUAAAAGAAGACGAAACUGAAACUAGAUUUUCAACUUUGUUGCCUUUUUGGUGACUACUGCUUUAGUUUUAAUACUAUCCAGGAGUAAAAUAAUAGAUAAUCUUAGUAUUUUGUAAUACUUCUUUUUAUUGGACGAACAGAAAUUUGGAAGUAGUCUGUGGGCGACAGCUCUUUAUCGAAUCUAAAGCAUUUCUGAGCAAAACACAUGCAAUUUAAUAUUGAGUUAUGACACAGGAGUUGAAGUGACAUCAGAUUAGAUAUACAGCACACAAAUCUAAUUGGGGUAAGGUUGGGAGGGGGGCAUAAUGUCCCCUGUGUGGCCAGCGGGUAGAGGCUAAUAAAUAAAAUGAAUGAGGGGGACCUAGAGUCUGUCCCCACUUGAGCAGCAGGUUAUAAUAAUGCGGGGGGGGACCUAAUCUUCCUCAGCCCCCACUCAUGGUGACAGGUGGGGACUAUUAAAGGAACACUAUAGUCACCUAAAUUACUUUAGCUUAAUGAAGCAGUUUUAGUGUAUAGAUCAUUCCCCUGCAAUUUCACUGCUCAAUUCACUGUCAUUUAGGAGUUAAAUCACUUUAUUUCUGUUUAUGCAGCCCUAGCCACACCUUCCCUGGCUAUGAUUGACAGAGCCUGCAUGAAAAAAAACCUGGUUUCACUUUCAAACAGCUGUAAUUUACCUUAAUUAAAUGUAUCUCAAUCUCUAAUAUGAACUUUAAUCACAUACAGGAGGCUAUUGCAGGAUCUUGCAAGCUAUUAACAUAGUAGGGGAUAAGAAAAUCUUAAUUAAACAGAACUUGCAAUAAAGAAAGCCUAAAUAGGGCUCUCUUUAAAGGAAGUGUUUAUGGAAGGCUGUGCAAGUCACAUGCAGGGAGGUGUGACUAGGGUUCAUAAACAAAGGGAUUUAACUCCUAAAUGGCAGAGGAUUGAGCAGUGAGGCUACAGGGGCAUGUUCUAUACACCAAAACUGUUUCAUUAAGCUAAAGUUGUUCAGGUGACUAUAGUGUCCCUUUAAGUAAAAUAUGAAUCUGGGGUGGGGGGAGGGUUAUAUAUUUGUAUAAUAUACAAGUGAGGAUAUCUCUCACAUAGGGUUAAGGGUUAAUUACUUUGAUUUCGAAACUAGAUACUGUGAUGUAGAACAUCUCUGCAAUUUACAAAUGAAUAACCAGGCUGCACAUUUUAUAAUAUUUUUCUUUGUUUUUAUAAUUCUUUAUUUUUUGGUGCAUUCAGUUAAUACAGUCACUUGUUGUGCCACAACAGCAAUAACAAGUAGAGUGGGUAACAUCGUUUAAACAGGUUUGUGGAAUAUAGAGGUACUACACACAUUUUUUAAACAGAUAAGUAAACAAGGUUUUCUCUCGGGCUUCAUAAAAACAAAAGGCGACUUUCCUGGCUGACAGACCAGCUUCGUCAAGUGGGCACUAUAACAAUAAAGCAGGCUAGGACAUAAAAUUACAUAACUGAGCUAAACACUUCUAUCGCAGUGUCUGGCUAUGAGCGGUCAUGCCGUCAAUGUAAGUUUAAAUGUGCUACGCUGGGUGUAAUACGAUUAAAAUAGGUAACCAGGGAGCACAGGCUAGUUCCUCAUGUCUGAGCUGUGGAUCAUGUUUUGGUAACUCUGAGAGGCGGACUAGGCAUGAACAAAAAAAACAAAAACACCAACAAUAAUAAAAUGUCGCUUGUCAUAUAAAUGUUUCGAGAGUAUGGAGCCGUCUCUACAUGGCUCACUAAGUUUGGUGCAGGCUAAACAUUCCUGGCUAAGUCUGGCACGUAAAAAUUAAACAAGGUGAAAACAGGUUCAAUAGUGUGAACUAUAACACUAGCUGUGAUUGCAGGGCACAUUUCUAUGUACUUAACAGGCUAUUCUUAAGCAUGUCUAUUUCAGGGUUGAGUAAAGCAAUAUUUCUUUAAUAUGUCCCUGUAUGUUUAUAGGGCACCAUGUGGUGUGGAUACUGCGUGUGUCCCUUGGCUGUUGCGGUCAUCUCUGUAUGCUGCUUAGCCGAUGCCCUGCAAUGGGAGGCUGCAGAGGUGCAAGUGCUUUAGCUGGGUAUGUAAGUCCUUCUGGGGUAGGGCACAGUUCUGCUGUGUUAGUUCCGGUGUCGGGCCCGUUCUCCUAUUGCCAUAGGUACCUGUAGUUGCGUUGCAGGUAGUUGGUGUUUUGUACGCUGGAUCUCCCCGUGUUGUUGGCAGGUUCUGGUGUCGUGAUGGGGGCCUACCUCUCGGAGGUUGCUUAACGUGUCUUGGUUUCAUGUGGGGUUUGGUUGGAGCCUGUAUGUCCCUGCAGGCUGCCAUCACCGCUUGUUUCAGUCUCUUACGAACGGGCGGGAGAAGUCUCCGUCGAUGGCGGUGGCGCCAUCUUGCGGUUACCUUCGGGCGGGAGACAACGCGGCUAUGGCUGGUACGUGUGGGUCUCUUUAUGGGUAGAUUCGCUGGCAUGUUGCCCUGCCGCUCUCUGUGUGCCAGUUUUGCCCAAAAGGCAUCGAAGAUGGCGUCCAGCCGUGUCAGGAUGUCGGUCCCCUCUCUGACGCCAUUGUGGUUGCACAUGGUGUCCGCCAUUUUGUGGGCCUGUGUGGCCAGGAGUUGCUUGUGGGGCCCUGUUUUCUGCAUCUGCGUUUGCCAAGCUGUCUGGCGAGGUUGGACCGGGAUCACCCCCACCGGUCCUGAGGGGGGAGAGCGGGCGAUCAGUGGCUCAGCACCCCUGGCUUGGAGGUGAGGAGAGCGGCCGCCCCCCCCAUCCCCGUCCACCGCAAGUCGCCAUGGGCCACUUCAGGUUUGUGCAUGUGGGAAAUGCUUGUGUCUGGUAUCAGGCGAUUCACCAGGGUGCCCCUAGCUUGGGUAGCGUACCCCGGCAUCUUUUUUGGCAUCAAAUCAGCGGGCAUUUUCCCAAAAUUCACUUUGGCGCUGGGAGCUCCUCUGCCAAGUGACCGUUCAGAUUGCGAGUCAGGCCCUGCCCCCCUUUUCUUUGUUUUUAAAUCAUCUUUAUGGUUAAAACUAAAAACAAUUGAGGAUGAGUGCAUAUUUAAUGCCAAAUGUUAAGUUUGACUACCUGUAACAAUAUUGUUGGCCUCUUUCAGUAACACAGGAGGAGAAGUCAUUUUGGGACUGGCUUUGGACUUCAGGAAAGCGGGGAAGCAGAGAGAAGAUAUUAAAAUGUCUGAUGUGGAACAUCAUCUGUCUCUUGCUGCAUUUAAUAAGAAAGAUGGUGAGUAAGGGCGUAGAGCAUCUAGAUGAGAUUGUGUGUGUAUUUUCUUCUAAAACAUAUUUUUUUCAUCAAGCUGUCAUUAAAGCAAAAGUCAAAAUCAUGUUUGGAAUACUGUAGUAUUGCUCAUACUUGUAGAUAUAAGGAUACCCCAAGCUGGGGAUGCUAGAAUUUCAUAGGAACCCAGUGUGGCGGAUUGCCUGGCACCCAGACAGAGUACCUCUGUCAAUCGCUGCUUCCUAGUACUUGCGAGUACCAUCAGCACUGCACUUGAACACCAUAACUACUGUAAACCCCAUGAACCGCCGAAGCUUGGUUGGGGUCUCUCUGUCCUCCACCCAUCCUGUACCCAAGACCAGAAUCCAGCUUCCAGUAGGUAGACCUCUCCUAGUCCAGAGAGCGUAGCAGGAACAGCUCUUACAAGAGCUUAGUGAUUAUACUCAGGGGAGUAUAGUGAUUAUAGCAAUCCCCAGAGUGUAGUUCUCCAAUCCCACAAACAUGAGCCUAGACUUCAUGAAGGGUAAAACAAGUGUGCUUAAUGGAAGCCACAGCUGGCAUUUUAUGCAAAUCCCCAAGCAAGGUAUACGCCCACAUGGAUCUUGUGGGGGUAAGGGACACAAAGCUGACAAACCAAUCAGAACAGUAAUUAAAUAUACAAUACUCCCACACACAGCAAACAAUCCCUCCCCUCUGCAUGGGAAAUAAUUGAUGUAACUCCAUUAUCUCCAGGCAGAAAAAACAUUUUUUUUAUAAAGUCCCAUAAGUACCCCAAAACACAACAUAUCCCCAUAAAUACAUCCCUGAUAGCCCUGAUCUGGGUGAACAACAUAUCCAAAAAUCACCCAGAUCAGAUCAGGGGUUCAGAAAUUUUAUGGAAGUCAUAGUUUUGCCCAAGCGCAGGCAUGGUUCUAUGCUCAAAAUAGUACCAUUAGAAUUGCGGCUAAGUGCCGCUGGAGGACCGACCGGGAAAAGCGAGGUUUUCAUGACGAAAAUUGUUCCAGGGCAUUCACAGCUAAGUCCCCCUGAUAAGUUCAUCUCUGAUGUCUCUGAUGAUACAUCAGCCAAGGAGUAUCAGGCUGAGGGGAGAACUUGGUAUUGACAAUGGAACUUGAGUUAGGCAGGAAGGGUUACUCUAACCAAAAUCAAUGUUUUAUGAAAAUACUAGUUUUUGGGUGGAGUAACCCUUUAAGUGAGUGUCUUGAUUGACUGAAUCAUUUCCUGUGUUCAAGGGACACUAUAGUCACCAAAACAACUUUAGCUUAAUGAUGCAGAUUUUGUGUAUAGAUCAUGCCUCUCUAUUUUCUCUGCUCAAUUCUAAUUUAAAAGUGAAUUCAUGGGGGGCGGGGCCUGAACGCAGAGCCGAGCAGACGCAUGCAAGCACAGCUCUUGUUCUACAUAAACAAUUAAUCGACCAAAAGGCACAAAUUAGCCCAGAAACGUGAUAAAAAAAUACUACCGGCAGGUAAAUGAAGCCAAACUAAACAGUUUGAUAUCAAACCCAAAGCUACGGACGCCGGUCUGCCGGGAUCUGCAUUCGAGGCCUAACAUGGACAGCAUCCUGUUUGCCGGGAGAGGCGGCCGAUCUCCCGACGCAGGGACAGCUCCGCACUGCAGCUCUUCUGUUCCCAUGCUACCCACCCUCCCCCAUGGACAGGUGGGGGUUAUCCCGGUCCCGUUGGAGAAUUGCACUCACCUGUCACAGGUGUACACUGCAGUUGGACAGCAAAGCGCCCAAGAGGACUCAGGGCUCCAGCACUGGAGACUGCACUUUGAAAUCCGGUUUGAUCAAAUCUGCAGGGCCUUCUGGAGGCGACUACAGCGCAAACCUACAUCCCAAACUCACAAGACAAGCGGGAGCAUAUACCAAAGUCUGUUAAUCAUACCCAUUCCGGGCACAGGAUCCGCUCGGGGAUGCACCCGCUCCUCCACACAAACACUCGGAAGACUCCUCGCAAGCCCCAGAGCCUCAGAACCCAGGUACAUGCUGGGCAACAUACCACCACACUACGACCCACCAAGCGACAUAGCACAAAGCGGCGAAAAACUGGGAAGAGGCGGAGGGCAACCGUACACAACCUGCACAAGAGAACUUGCUACCAACCUACCUUUGGCAUCCCAGACCAAACGCAGGGCAACCGGAGUGACCCGAGCAACUAGAGCAACUACUCUACCAAACGGGACACCCAUCAAGCAUUGAUACCCCCUGGGAGAAAAAUGGAGAUACAGCCGGCCCCAUCAGGUGCCUGGGAGCUUCCCGAACUGGAGGAUUGGCUGAGCCAGAGGCUCUCUGAGGGCAGAGGACUGAGCAUCCACAUUUUGAGUCCUCCAUGCCACUAAUGGACACCAGCUUACCUUACUGUUGCACAAUGCCGUCAUCACUAACCUAUGUACCAGCGGUUAAUACACCUCUACCAGCCGGGACAGUAGUCAUCCUGUGACAAGAGUGAGCUAAAUGUAUGACCUCAAUCUCAGUGACAAUCUGUUUUAGUGUAACUUGUUUUAGUUUACUUUGCUUUUUACUCUGUCAGAUUAAGCAUGCGAAUACUCCCGGGCACAAUGCCCCUAAUCUAAUUUAGAUUAUUUAACCAGUGCUAAUACCUCACAUUUAUCCUGUAAACCUUCUAAAAUCAAGCACUAGCACUUCAUAUUACUAGCUUGAAUAAUAAAUAUGAUACAUGCAGAUUAAGCCAUACUGUGUUGUUUCUUCACAAUUUGUUGAUAAGAAUUUCUGUUGCUUAACAGUAAUAAUUGAUGCCACGUACCUUCCAUGCACAACAAAAAAUAAAGAAUUUAAAAAAAAAAGUGAAUUCACUUUUUAGGUUUUGUUUAUGCAGCCCUAGCCACACAUUCAGACUGACACAGACUGCAUGAAAACAAAAUGGUUUAAUUUUCAAUCUAAAGUAUCUAACUUUAAAAUGUGUAUUUCCUGCUCUGUAAAUUGAACUUUAAUCACACACAGGAGGCUCCUGCAGGGUCUAGCAAACUAUUAACAGAGUAUGAGAUAAGACAUUCUAAAUUAAACAGAACUUGCAAUAAAGUGUAAACAUUAAAUGACUCUUUACAGGAAGUGUUUAGGAAGGCUGUGCAAGUCACGUACAGGGAGGUGUGGCUAGUGUUGUAUAAAUAAAGUGAUUGCCUAAAUGGCAGAGAAUUGAGCAGUGAGACUGUUAACUCUCAUUCUGCACCUUCAGGCUGCUACCUAUUGAGUAAUGACAUGUCUUUUCUAUCUACAGGUGGAUUUUGGCACAGCAGCCUGAUUGCCCAGAACCUCAUUGAUUAUUUUGUGCCUUUUCUACCAUUGGAGCUCCAGCAUGUGAAGAUGUGUAUCAGAAGAGCAAUCUUGGACCGUGGUUACAUUAUUGAGGAAGACAUUGUCUCCAAGGUUGCCAAUGACAUGACUUAUUACCCUAAGGAUGAAAAGGUUUUCUCUGUGAAGGGCUGCAAAGUGGUCUGCACUAAACUGGAUUAUUACCUGUGAUGAAUAGCAGUCUAUACAGUGGCUGGCUAUGGAUUUUAACUCUUUUAUAAAAUGAUGACGGGAUGUUGGCUUUGUGUGCCAAUAUGUAUGUAAGACUGUGUCAAGUGCCACAUGUCCUUGUGACAUUGAAGGCUUAUCACAAACUAAAAAGAUAAUGAACUUUUUUUUGUCCCAUACGACUUUUGCUAAUUAUGCAAAGACCUUGUGAUAAAUUGUAUAUUUGUAAUGGUCUGUCUCAAGUGGCCUCCUGUUCCUCUAAUGCUUAAAUUAAUUUUUAGAAAUCGCCUUUUAAGAAUGAGCACGUGAUGUGUGUACUUUAAAUUUUUUCCCCCAGAAGGAUAGUAGGCUGUUAUUAUUCAUUAUGUCCUGAGAUUUAGCAGAAAAGUAAGGUAGCUCUGUCACCCCACCCUUUUUUUUAUCCUUAACUUUUAUAUGAUAGGCAAAUGUACAGUAUUAUUCUGUACAAAAUCAAUUAAUCAUUCACAGGUUUUGUGUGGAAUUGACGGAAAAUACCUGCUUCGUCUUCAUUUUGAAUUUGUGUGCAGAACGUGUGGGUGUGAGAUGUUUAUUUUGGGCGAACAAUGACCGAAGUAAAGUUGCAACUGUGUAUCAGUGACAGUGAGGGACGGAAGAAGCGAUUGACCAAGGACAUGUGGAAAAGUCAUUUGAAUCAGAAGAUGGCAGACAGAGAGAGGAAGAAAAGAUCAUGGAUGGUGCAGUGGGAUAGGGAGGCAGAUAAUAAUGCCACAACUUUGCCGCUGGGCACAGUCAGGUCAGACAAUGACAAUAGAAGGGAAAUGGAUAUUUACGCGCAGCUUGAGUUUAUGAAGUUGGCAGCCCUGGUACGAUGCAACUCUGAGAAUAAGAGACCAGAUUCUAAUGACGAUCCUAGCAGGACAUUGUGAGUGACUUCCUAAUCUUGUGUUUUCUGUAUAUGAUUUGCCAAAACUGCACCCCAAGAUGUAACAGGCCAAUCCAAAUUGUGCGUGGCUAACUUUUUCUAAAUGCUGUGUUUGCACCUAAAGACGCUAUUAUCAGGUGCUUCUUUGUGCCAAACAUCUUUAGGUCCAAACAGACCAAAUACAUUGAUAUUGAGGUGUAUAUAUUAUGUGAAAUGUGUAUAUUAUAAUAUGAAUAAUAUGUUUUAUUUGUUUCGGUAAUAGAACCAACAUACACAGCAUUGCUGUAUUAUGUGGGGAACAAAACUUACAAAUAAAAUACAAUUAUUGAUGCUUAAAACAAUGCCCACACAGGGAUACAAUCUAACAGGGGACGCACAGCUUAAACCAUGGAAGGUUUAUUCACCUCUCCAACUUGACUCUCUUUGUGUUUCUUUUUUGGUCUAAUGUUGUUGGCUCAUGUAGCUGUUUACAUUUCAAUGUGAAGCGUAUUAUAGGAUUGAGCCCCCAAUCAUUAUUAUGUGUACAUCUUGCUGGCUAUGCUCUAAGACAGAGUGUAUAUUUUGCUGGCAAAUUUCCAUUGCACAAUGUAUAGAUUAAAUAUAUAUCUCAGAUAAACCCAGAUUAUGUGAUUAUCAGUUGCAUACAAAUGGGCAGGUUUGGGGCAAAUCUUCUCAGGUGACAGGAAAGAAAAGUGUGGAGAGCAGGUCUGUGGUAGAGGGUCUUCAUGUUCCUAUGUCUAGUCUGGCAGGGCCACUCCAUUUCUCUAUUCACCUCAAAUGCAGGAGCCUGGAGCAGCCCUGUCAGUUGGACAAGUGGGGAGCAUACAAAAGAGGGUAAGGGGGAAAGGAGUGACACCCACAGCUGGUAAUCGGAAUAUGAAAACACAUACAAAAGGGGGUAUAAGGAAAGCCACAAAAGGGGAGUCCCGGUAAGGAGAGACACAAAGGGGUAAGGUGUGCAAAGAGACAAAUGUUUUUUUUCUUCAGCUUUUAUCAUUACGGGUGGUGGGGGGGUAGUGGGGGGGGAAUACCCUAAGAGUGCCUGUGGUUAUUUUAUAUUUCAAUUUUAGACAGGACAAGGAACCUAAAAUAUAUACAGGUUUAUUAACUAAAGUGUGAAUUGUCAGGAAUUCAAAAGGAGUUUUAAAUUGUAGGCCAAAUAAUGGAAUAUGGAAAAAGUCAUUAUUAUUUCACCUAAAAUUUGAAAUUCCCUUUGACUUCCUGACACUUCACAUUUUAGUGAAUUAUCCAGAUACACAAUUAGAUAUGUGCAAAUGUUUGACGUCUAUAAGAAGUAAAACAUUUGAACACAUUCCUGUAAGUAGAAUUUGUUGGCACUCUCCCCAGCACAGAGCAAGCAAGCAUCCCUCAUUCUGUUCAUUACAGUGUAUUGUGUGUAUUGUGUAAAUGCUACAUAGUUAAUGUACGAUACUUAUUUUGCCCACAUUGAAGGUCAGAAGACUCUGCCAUGCGCAGUUGAAGUAUUACAGGCUUAUGAAGAAGGGAUGCCAAACAUCAGUUGUUUGGACUGCAAUCCCCAAAAUUCUCAUCCAGCCAUUUGGCAUUUGUAGUCCGCCAACAUUAAUUUUUUUAAUUUACACUUGUUUGAUCUUAUGGUGUAAUCAUGUUUUACAUGUCCCUGUGCCUUCUUUUUAAGAAUGUUUACAAAGCUGUAAACUUGAGACUGUUCCUAUUAUCAGUACUAUGAUGCGUUCAUGAGUUUUUUUACCUCUCCUUGCCUCUGCAGUUGGGUUAGCUGUAUAUAAGGAUGUUCAUGUUUUUGCAAGUCAAAUUGUGUGAAUGUAAUACAUUAACCCACACUGUGUGUAUUCAUGGUUACUUGAACAAUGUAAAAAGGGGUUAAAACCAACUUUUAAAUACUGUGACAUCAUUAAAAUCUUGUCUUAGUCUACUGUUCCUGUAAACUUGUUAAUAAAGAAUAUAUAUUUUGACAAGCCUGGCAGAGGUCUUUAUUGAAUGCAGAUCUGUCUGCAUUCUGGCCUUGAAAAGGAUCCUUGGUUUAAUACGUUCUUAAAUAUUGGGAGUUCUUUACUAAGCAGCCAGCUGCAUUGAUUUGACAAGCGAUUUUAUACAUUUGCUGUGUGCCCAAUUUGACUCGUCACAGGGUUCUGUUUUGUGAAUAACUCCAUUAUAUGCCAAGUCCCUCUUUCUUGUACUUUUAUCAUUUUUCUGCAUUAAAAAGGCUGUAUUUGUGAUGGUUUUUGUUGUUUUUAUUUGCCUUAUAGCAUUUGCCUGAACAUUGGAAAAGGACUAAAAUUGACCCAUCAACGCCUGUUGGUUGGAAGCCUAACUUUUAAUAUUCUGUUACUGACUGUCUGCGUCUCUUUGCUGUUACUUUGUGAGUUCACCUUUUCCAUAAACAUUUUAUAGUAUAUCUCCCAUAUAAAGCUUUAACUCUUGAUUCUGUCUCCUAUCUCAAUUAAUAUCUAAACAUAUUUUCUGUGUUGACUCUAGAUACAAAUCUUUGUUUUCUAUGGCAAAGUUUUAAUGCCAUAAAUGGCAGCGAGGCAAAGCAGGAAUUCAACAUUCAAUUUGCUACUUAAACAUGUACAUUCGGAAUCUGACGGAUCGGAUUUCAUCUGAAUUUCGGAAGUUUCCGAAUUUCAGAUUUGGUACCAUCCAAAAUUGGCAAAAAUGUUUUUUGAACAAAUUGAUCCAAAAACUUUUGGAUCCAGUUGUUUUCAUAAGGACUAAAUAAGGGACUUUAUCUAUUAAAGGAACACUAUAGGGUCAGGAACAUAAACAUGUAUUCCUCACCCUAUAGUGUUAAAACCAACAUUUAGGUAGCUUGCAACCCCCGCACCCCCUUAGCUCCUUUAAAAGGUAAUAAAACUUACCUUAUUUCCAGCGCCCCAGAACCACCUCCUUGCUGACAUCCGCAUUGGAUUGGCUGAAAUCAGCAAGGAGGCUGGCCCAAACGCUAGCUUGGUCAAUCGGCACCUCCUCAAUUGAAUCAAUGUAUCUCUAUGAGGAAAGUUCAGCGUCUCCAUGGAGAUGCUGAAUAGCAGUACUGCCCAAGGAAGCACCUCUAGUAGCCAUCUGAGGAGUGACCACUGGAGGUUUUCUUUAGGGGCAAUGUAAACACUGCUUUUUUUAGUUUUUCUUGUGACUAUAGUAUCCCUUUAAGUAACUGAAAAUGCAAAAUAUUUUUUGGGCCUUUUUUUUUUUUCUUAAUUUUAAUCUUUCAGCUGUAGAUAGCUCCCUAAUUUACUAUCCUUACAUGUGUUUGCCAUAAUAAAGGGUACCCAAUUAGGGACUCAUCUACCAAGCAUCUAAAAGAGCAAACUUAAGGAAAAAAAUAAUUUAUUUUUUUUGCUCUUACAGCUUUUUAGUACAUGGCUCCCUAACUUGGUAUGCUGAAGUGGGAUUGCCUAUUUGAGGAUACCAAAUUAGGAUACACUUUAGUAGAUAGCUCUUGGGUGCUGUUGUGCAGGACAUGAAAAGUGAACCUCUACUAGCAUAGCAGCACUUUUCACACCCUUCACAUCUGUUUGCUUAAUGGUUUUAUUAUUGGUUUGUUAGUUGUUUUGGAUUUUUUUAGUGCAAGUAUCCCAGGUCCCUUAUCCCUGUAAAGAUAAUUAUUGCCGUUUUUAAUAAACUAUAAUAAUUACCUUUAAAGAUUAACUCCACCUCUAGUCACUGUCUACCAAACAGCCACUAGAGGGACUUCAGGGUCUUUAGACGACUUUUGGUUGCCUAACUGACUCUGGAUGUCCUCACACUGAGGACAUCGAGCAUCACCCAAAACCCCAUAGGAAAGCAUUAUAGAUUCUUUCCUAUGGGGGAAAUAAUAAAGCAAGCGCGGCCAUUGCCGCGCAUGCACAUGAGGUCACCCUGCCGCCUGAUGUCAGCAGGGAAGGAGCAGAGGUGGAACCUGAACCAGCACUGAGGUACUUCGGUGCUGGCCGCAGGUAAGUGAUAGAAGGUUUUUUUUAACACCUUCUGUGCCAUGUGGGGAGGGGACUAUAGUUUCCCUUUAACUCCAAACCAAUUAAACAAGAUUGUAUUUGUUAUAUAACCUUAUUCCAAGUUUUGUUCACCGUAUCUAACACCGCCUUCUACACCCUUACUCUGUCUUUGUGCUCAGAUCUAAAGGUCGAUGUCAGGGUUAGCAGAGACCUAGAGGAGGAGCUGCGCAUGAACCAGAGUUACUUGUCGGAGUUCCUACAGGAGGAGAAGGAGCUCAGCAACGUUUUGCACACAAACCUAUCCUCGUUAUGGCAAGAACACACCUUUCUGAGGGAAAACACUCUGUCCUUGCUGCUGUACAACCAGACACAACACCUGCAGGCAAUUGAAAAUCUGGAACAGGGAUUAAAGGUCAUAAACGAGAACUUUAGUCUACUGGAGGAACAGUAUACGAACCUGAAAGAGAAUCACCUCCUUGUGCCUCGCAAGAGCAUCCUUCUAGAGAACUGCAAGCAAGGGGAUCCAAAGAUUGCCAGUGAGCGUGGAACCUAUGGUUGGUAGUUAAAAGGCUGUGGAGGCUGUGAGUCUGGUAGCUGGACAAGAAGUGAAGGAUGUACUGCUAGUAGUGAGACAUGCGGUGGAAGCCAUUUAAUGGGUAGUUGGAAAGGCCACAGAGAUUAUGACCGUAAGGGGGCACACUGCAACUGGCAGUUAGACCGAAAGUGGAGGCUGUACAACUUGUAGUUGGACAGGCAACGUAGGCCAUUCAAUUGGUAGUUGGACAGGUAAUGGAGGCCAUUUGACUUGAAGUUAGACAUAUAGUAGAAAUUGUAUGACUGGUACUUGGACAGUCAGUACAGACCAUUUGACUGGUAGUUGGGUAGGCAUUAGAGAUUAGAGAUUGUGUGACUGGUAGUUGGGUAGGCAUUAGAGAUUGUGUGACUGGUAGUUGGGUAGGCAUUAGAGAUUGUGUGACUGGUAAUAAGAAAAGCAGUAGAAACAAUAUGGCUGGAGCCAUACGAACAGCACACACCUGAAAAAUGCUCUGCUAUAUUGAGAGACAGGAAGCAGCCAAUAGCAGAAAUUUAGGCCGUCAUUUAAACAGGCAAAUUAUGAAAAGUAAAGGGUAGAUGAUGAUCCACAGAUGUAUAUUGUAAUCAGUACAGCAGUGUAUAGCCUGAAAACAAGCCAGGUCAUGUAGUUCAGAAUGAAAGCUUGGGUAGCGUUUAUCAAAACAACUGGUGAAAGCUUGUAAAACUCUUCCUCUGUUUAAUACAAAGAUGUAAAACUCAAAGUCUAGCACAGGCCAAAUAAACAAGGUUUAAGUUUAUGUGGGCCGCAAAAAAAAAAAAACUUAAAUAGAAAAAAUAGAAAUGUAGGUUUAUUUUGAAAAGUACCGUAUUAAAAAAAAUAAAAAUGCAUCCCCCUAUACUAAAUCCCAGCACCCCCUCUAGCCAACAAGCAGACUCCACUCACAUUGCCGCUGCCAGUAUGUGACUCCGGAAUCCGGCCUCUGGUAUACCCCAAAUGGCACCGCCCGCACCAUGUGCCAAAGCGGAUCCUCCCGCUACUUCUUGAAACCCUGUGAAGGUGGAGCACGUAGACGUCACGUCGGAAUGUGAUGUGGCAUUGCGUGACUCCGUGCACCUCCAGGUACUCCACUGUCCAGCCGCGGCAAUCGCAACACUAACCGACACAGACACACUGACUGACAAACAGACAGACACACACUCACUGACAGACACACACACACACAUUUACACAUUUUUGCACACACUAACAUAAUUUCCUGGGGUCCAGUGGGGAUCUUCUAUCUGGAGCUCAGCCUUCCUACUCCUCACUCCUCACUGCUCCCUCGCGUGCAGUUUAAUGAUGCCGGGUGCCGGAAUAUGACAUCAUAUUCUGGCACCCGGCAUCACUUCAGACGGCGCGCCAGGGUGCAGGGAGGAGCAGGAAGGCUGAGCUCCCUCACUGCAUCCACCUUCCUUUCCUCCUCAGCCGGGUAAGUUUUAGCAGAGUAGGCACCUGCAAUGUUAAGAAAGGUGUCUUCUCUGCUUUAACACGAAGCAUGUACUCGCAACUCGCCAGGCCACGAAGAGGUCCAAUGUGGGCCGCGAGUUUGACAUGUUUGGUUUAAUAGAUUGUAGUUUUAAAUGAAUAGUAUUUGGUUCCUUAGAUAGAAGGGAGUCUUUAAAAGGACCCUAUAGUCACCAGAACAACUACAGCUUAAUGUGGUUGUUCUGGUGAGUAUAAUAUGUCCCUGCAGGCAUUUUCAUUUAAAGAGAAAAGGCAGUGUUCACAUUGCUCCCUAGGAACACCUUAAGAGUCUGGCACUCAGACUGCCACUAGAAGUGCUUCCUGUACACUCUGCAUGGAGUUGAACGCUCCUAAUAGAGAUGCAUUGAUUCAAUACAUCUCUAUGAGGAGAUGCUAAUUAAUGCAGCACUGCGUUUUGCUGCGCAUGCACAAUAGCCUUCCAAUGCUUUCCUAUAGAAAAGCAUUGGAUUGGCUGAGAUCAUCCAGUUUCAUGAUUUCAGCCGAGGAAGUGAAGUGGGUCCGGAGUCAGUCACGACGAGACCUGGGCAGCCCUGGAAAAAAGGUAAAACACCUAUAUAACCUGAAACAAGGCGGGCUGGUGAUCUAAACUGCACUAUUAGUACUAUAGUGUCAGGAAUACAUGUUUGUAUUCCUAAUACUAUAGUGUUCCUUUAAUUACUUUUUCUUCCAAGUGGCAACAAUUUAUCUUUAUCUGACAAGAUUAUUCACUAAAUUGUGACUUGUUAGGAAUUAAGAAUGAAUUCAAAGUGAAUUCACAGUACAGGUCAAAAUAGCCAGAUUGGGAAAUUCUGUGAGUCAGCUUUGAAAAUCACUUUGAAUUGCUCACAACAAUAAUUCUGUAUGUAUCAAGUGUGUGUCUAAGUCAAAUCAUGUGUAUUUAGGAAAAUAUCAAUCCAUCUAUUGCAGGUAUGGUGUGUCCCUACUGCUCCCCUGGAUGGCAGCUCUUCAAUAUGUCCUGUUAUUUGCUGUCCUCGUCUGCUCUCAGUUGGCAGGACAGCAUGCAAUGGUGUCGCAGGAAAGGAGCCCAUCUGGCUGUGAUCAACAAUGCUGAGAAGCAGGUAGGAUCCAUGUGUUGUAAUAACUACCUAUUCUUGGGGUCAGCGCCCAAACUACCCUUACUUACAUGUAUAACAACAGUACCCCAGCCCCUCAAAACCCAACAAAUAAUUAAACGUGGUGUAGAUGAAAGAACAUGAACCGAAAAGUAUAGGAGCAUAUGUUUUUAUACGGGCAAUUAGCAUGAUUUUAGGAUGCAUAAGAGAAUAUCCACAUCUCUCUGGGAUAUUGGUAUGUAUAGAGGGUGCAGUUGCCACAUUUGUGUGGAGUAUCAGAAUGUAUAGAGGGUGUAACAGUGACAUAUGGCUAUGGUAUCAGCAUGUAUAAGGGGUAUAGUAGCCACAUGUGGCUGGGUAUCAAUUUACAUAGAGAGUAUAAUAAUCACAUCUGGCUGGGGGUAUGAGUAUGCAUACUAGCUAUAUUAAGUCAUAUAGAUAUGUGUGUUUCAUUUAUAAUCGUUCUUCAAAUAAGUCUGGUUAUCCAAUAAUAAUCACCAUUCUUCAUAUCUUUUCUAUUCUAGUAUUUCAUGCUGGGGUUAGUGAAGAAGACCUCCUGGAUUGGACUAUCAGAUCGUGAUUUGGAAGGAGAUUGGCGCUGGGUGGAUGGAACCCCUUAUGAUAAAACUACCACGUAAGGGACAUGGGAGGGGUAGACUUUAUGAGAAGAGGGUCAUAAAACUCUCAGCUGGAAAUAAGACUUUGACCAUUUAUUAAGGGAGAAACACUCAUCCAAAAGUACCGGUUCUGAUUAAACCAUUAGCAGUCAUUAUGACGAAGACACACUUAAUUUAGUUUUCCAGUCAUUUGAGAUAGCUCACAGGUACACCUGUGCUAAGUGUCCUAUCUGUAGUUAACAUUUCUCAGAUAUUGUCUUUGUCUAUAGUCUUUACAGCUUACAUAGUUCCUGUGCUAAUAGUUUAAUCUAUGUCUUUGUAGAUUCUGGAGUUUGAAGCAGCCAAACAAUGCCGGGAACGAAGAUUGCGUUACUCUGUCUCCUGGCACAGGGUGGAAUGAUGACAAAUGUUUUAAAGCAUAUAAUAUAGUAUGUGAGCAUAGUGCCUAUCAGCUCAGUCUCAAUGGGGACAUGCUCAGUAACUAAGUUUCCAAACCCACUGAAUGUCAUUAACUCCUUCUCUACCAAGCGUUUUGUAAAAAAAAGAAAAACCCCUCCGGAAUCUGAAGUAAUUUGGGUGUCCUGGGAAGUAAUGUUUAAAUGUAUUUUUCAUUUCAGUAUGCGUAGAUAGCACAUUAUUAAAUGGAAACAAAUAUUUUGGUUUGACUGAAAAACUUUUAGAAAUUAUUUAACAAAUAAUGAAGUAACAGGCAAUGAAAGAGUGUUGUAAAUCAAUAUAUACGUAUAAUAUAUGUUGUCACAUUGCCAUGAUGUUGCUUCUUUGGACACGGACACACACACACACAUACAUAAAUACACUGAUUGAUGCAUGUAUAUACACACACUCUGAUACACACUAACACAACUGCCAGAAAAGACAAACACACACAUAUUCACUGCUGCCACACAUAGAUGCAUGUUUUCAGACUCACACAGGUACACAAAUACAGAGACACGCAUACACACUCACACAGACACAUACACUGCCAGUAACACACACUGACAGACAUACAAAUUUACCCUGGUUUUGUAGUGGUUAUAGUCUGUUGUAAUAUUUGACCGCAGACAUCAUACAGACUGUCAAGCAUGAGCGACUUCCCUGCUUCAUUAUGAUGUGUAGUGUCACUUCACAUAGUAAUGGAGCACGGAAGAGUGCACUGCCUGCUGCCAGGCUCUACAGCAUGCUAUCACACAGCCCUCAUGCAGCUCUGCAGUGCCCUACCAGCCUCAGCCACCCUCCUAGUACCUCUUCCUCCUGGAGGGAGGGUGGCUUUCUCAUUGACCUGAGAGCAGAGGAGAACUGCUAUAGAGAGCUGAACAGUCUCUCUGUUUUCAGCUCUGUGAAGCUCAUAGCAUAAUGGCUUUUGGUGCCACUGUGCUGUAGUUCCAAGACUGUUUAAAGGCAUAAUAUGCAAAUGAUAUCUGUUUGCAAUAAACUAAUUUGAUUUCCAGAUAUGCAAAUAGUGUAUACACAAUUGCCAGGUAUGAAUGCAUGUCAUGGCAAUCAUGUAUACACGAGUGCCGAGGUGAAGGGGUUAAUGAUGCCUCUACUACCUGUCCAGACAGUCCAUAAUUACAGCCAGUAUACUUGUCAAAUUUAUUUUGCUACACAAGUGUUAUUUACAAAUCCAGGCAUUCUGAUAAGAAUUUACCACUCUAAUGGUUAUUCACUAAAGUGAGAAUUCAGAGUAGAUAACCCUGUCUGAUUCUGAGCUUGGUAAAAGUGGCUGCAUGAACACUAGAGCCUGCUCAACAAGGACAUAGCCAAAUUACCCAUAAGAUGACCUAAAUAGGCUGCCUAGUGCCAGAGCCAAACCAGCAUGAAGAUUCUUGACCAAUGCUGCAUUGAAAAAAAACUGUAAUACCAGCUGAACUUACUAUACAUUGAUCAAAGUAAAAUAUUUUUAUCGUGAAUAUAUCGUGAAUAUAUUUCUUUGUGGCUCAUACAUCUCUAGAAGAUUUCAUUCCCUUCACUUGGUUGAUGACGGACUCUAUAACAACAACUUAUAGGGGUGGAUGUGCUAAUAUUUGUUUCAUAUUACCGACACCCAAGGCACUACUACCGCCUAUACAUUGAACACAUUCCUCUCUGCCAGCAAGAGAAACUCUAGAUUAGGUUAUUGAAUUGCCUGUCUCCACUUCAUCAGUAUUUCCAGUGCUAGAACUUUUCCAUUUCUUAUAAUAUUGAAGAAUAAAACGCAGAUGACUUAACAUGUGCACACAGAACAAAGCACCAUAACCACUACAGAUCACCAGUUCCACAGAUAAUAAAAGUAGUUUUUAAGACUUGGUUAACACUGCAAAUAUAAGUAAAUGCAUACAUUUUUGGUAUCUUUUAUAUGCAUAAAAAAUUCUAUUUUGUUUACAUAGUUUGCUAUUAAGGAAGCCUCUGUCCAGGAAGAAAUUCAAGAGUUGUUCAUGGAAAUGCUUUAAAUUUGUUCCUGCAGAAGAUACAUCUUUGUGCCUAUGUUUGAAUAUUAGAGUGCAGGUGGAAUUGCAGAAUGUAAACUUAAAGAGUCAAAAAAGGAAGAGGGAGGGAUUAGCAGAGUUGGAUAAUUUCUCUAUUUUGGAAGUCCCCUUGCAAUCUCCCAUAAUUCCUAUCUUUGUGAAUCAAUGCCAGUGUUUUGGCCAAGUGUCAACAAAAAAUAAUUUAAAGAAAAUCUAUCACCUGCUAUUGUGUACCUUUAAACUUACAUUUGAAACUUUGAAAUUUGAGAUACUAUAUUUAUUUUCAAACAUGAUUAAUAUAUUUUGAGAUUUUAAAAUGUAUUAAUUUAUUUUGUGUCUUUUCAUACAAAUGCUGAUUAUAUUUCACAUUUGUCAUAAAUAUUCAUUUCAUUUCUGUUUUAUUAAACUCAGCUUCAAAAACUUACUCUGCUAUUUGUCCUUAUUCCCAAAUACUUUUGAGCAUAUUUGAGUUAAAAAAAUAUUAACUCUUAUGGUUAUUUAAUGACUCGAUUAUUCAAUAAAAUGUGAAAUGCUGUGAAUUCAUGUAGGGUUAGUCACUAAACUCUGAAAUAGUUAAUUAAUCCAAAUCGCAAAACGCAGACUAAAAUAGUUGCCCGGAAAAGGUUCUCCAACGCCACUAUUAACUCUAAAAUGAAACUCAUCAGGAUCAGCAAUGCACACUAAAUUAGACAUCACAACAUAUAUGCUUCUGCAUUAUGCAAUGGGGAUGAAAUGUGUCUGUGUGUGUGUAAUGGGGAUGCAGUGUGUCUUUGUGUUUGCGGAGGAUGAAGUAUGUGGAGUCUAUAUGUUUGCUGGGAUGCAGUCUCUCAGUGUGCGUCUGUGCGGGGGACGAAGUGUGUCUGUGUGUGCAGGGGACGGAGUGUAUUUUUGUGUGUGCUAGGAAUGCAGUUUGUCUGGGCGUGUGCUGUGGAUGUAGUGUGUCUGUGUGUGCUGGGUGUGGCAUAUACCACCUAAUUCGUCAAAAACUUUCUAAAAGACUGUCACUUCCUGUGGCUCUCCCUAACUUCUCCUCCAUAUAGCUCAGCAGAGCUCACGUCUCCCCCUUCGCCCGCUGGCAGCCCUGGGAGCCGGAGUAACCGCAAUGCCCUCCACGAGACCUGGCCAUGUUUCUGCUGGAACUCCGGCUCAGCUGUAAUUAUCACCUCUGCCCGGUGAAGUUGCUCCACUGUUUUGACCCCCUUUUCAGAGAGCUAGGAUAGCGCUAUUUUGAGGGGAGGUACAAGGUAUCUCUAGAAACAAUCAUUCCCCGAGAGCCCCCAUUCUUCAGCCCCUGUUAAAUGACCAGGUCUGAGGUGCAACCGGUAUAGAACUAUUUUCAGCUAGGAUUUCCUUGGCGUGGCGUUUCAAAAAUUCAACUCUGACUAUCUGGAGAAGUAUCAUGUGUGGGAGUUCAUGCCUGGUAUGCGGUGAUUUUGGAGCAUAUUGUAUGUUGGGCUUUUCUGUGCCUGGGAGAUAAUUUGUUUAACCGGUGGAUGUCACAACUCUCUCCCAAACAUAGAUUCGCCAGAGAGGGAUCAGCUAUACUGUAAAUUAAAACCUCAUGUCGGGGUCAGUGUAUAAAAGGCUGCAUUAUUCCAAAUAAUGCUGUUGUUCUUCCCAGCAUAAUGUGUCAUUUGAUGUCUGGGGAAAUAGACUAUAAUUAAUAAAGGCCUCUUCUUCCAGCUAAGAGGGAAUCCAAGCAGAGAUAUUAGGCUGGGAUAUAGGAGCUGCGCUACACUGGGGAUAUAGUUUGUGUGUGUGUGCUGGGUUGCAGUGUGUAUCUUUGUGUGUACCGCAUCUGCGGUGGUGUGACUUCAGGCUGAAGUGGAGUCUGGACUCCUCACGUCCCCACCGCCGCAGCUGGCUGAGUCCUGCCCUUCUCCGACCCCCGUGUUGCCCUGUGGGUGGCCAGCAAGCAGAUAGCCAGACACGGAGAGGACAGGAGCAGCCCUGCCGCAAAGUAUUUAAGUAUAGUAAGCCACUGAAGUUCCGGCACGCAUAUUUUUUUUUAUUAUUAUUAUUUUAUGCAGUGAUAAUAUAUUCUGGAGUACAUAACCAUGGACAAACCUGUGCACAAAUGCUCUUUAGCUGGUACGAACAAAUCAAAUUCUUUUCCACAUAUGCCAGAGACGAUCUGUCCAGAAUUUACCCGUGGAGUCUUAUUGAUUCAUAAGGGAAAGCAUUGGAUUGGCGGAGAUUGUCAAUUCUGAUUAUUUCAGCCAAGGAGGCGCAUCAGGGAUGAAGCCAGAGCCGGCAGACGUGUGGUGCUAGAAUAAAGGUAGGUUUAUUACCUUUCUAAGGGGAGGCCAGCCACCUACAUAAUGUUUUUAACACUAAGGUCAGGAAUACAUAUUUGUACAUUUACAUUUGAAACUCAAUUUGAAUUUUCAUUAUCCCUGUUAAUUAUUUGUGCCAAAUAUUCACCUAAAAUUUGAUGUAAAAGUACCAGUGACAUUUAGAUAAAUUUCCCUCAAAGUGUUCCUGCAAUUUUUUUUUUCAUACACUAGCAACUAUAGUAUAAAAAAAAAGAAAAAAAAGAAAAAAAAGAGAGGCGUAUUCAUAAUCUUGCGGGAAGAAAUGUCAGAAAGAAAAGGAUUACUCUUACACCUCUUCAGCGUCAAAAUAUUUAAAAGGACAGGAGGCUGAACAAACGUGAAGGGCAUAAACAGAAAAUGCAGCAAAAUAUUGUUUAUACGUGACUCUUACAGGGUUAUUCAGUAAAGUGAAAAAUCUAAAUGAAUUUCAAACUUAAAGCUAAAAUAGCAAAACUGAAAUCAGAGAUGACUUAGAGGACUUUUCCAGUUCUGCUAUUUUGUCCUUAAAUCUGGAAUUCUCGUUAAAGGAUCACUAGUGUCCUGAGGGUGCCCCCACCCUCAGGGUCCCCCUCCCAUGGCGUUGAAGGGGUUAACCCGUCUGACGUCAGCUCCCUAGUGGAGCGGAAUGCGCAUGCGCAGCAAGUGCCCCGCGCGCAUUCAAAAUGUCCAUUUCUCAAUGCUUGCCUAUGGACGCUCUGCGCGAUGCAUCCAGCAUCGCAGAUGCGCCUCUAGCGGCUGUCAGGAAGACAGUCACUAGAGGCUGGAUUAAACCCCAAAUGUAAACAUAACAUUUUCUCUGAAACUGCUAUGUUUGCAUCUGAAUGGUUAAAACCUGAGGGACCUGGCACCCACACCACUUCAUUGAGCUGAAGUGGUCUGGGUGACUACAGUGUCCCUUUAAAUUCUCACUUUGGUGAAUGACGUUGUUAUUGUCUAUAUUUUGCAAUUCGGUUUCGAUUUCCUGCAAUGUUUUUUUUCCCCUCCACGUCAUGCCAGCACAGUGACGGGCUCGCCGUGCGGCAGUGCCGUAAAGAGAAGUCGCGGUUGUUGCUGCGAGCUGUCAGAUGGUCUAUGGCUGCGGAGCGGGGACCGAGGCUGCCCUCGGGGCGCUGCUUGGUGCUCCUGGCGCUGCUGUUCGGCUCUGCGAGGUGUCUGGAGCCCAUCACCACGGGGAUCGCCAUAGCCACCGCCUCGGCCCUCACCGGCUACCUCAGCUCCCCGCGCUUUUACUGCCGGUUUGCGGAGUGCUGUGAGGAGGACCGGCCGUUCAAUGCUACCGGUGAGAGCCCGGGGGCCGGGUGGGGUCAGGGGGGAGAAAGGUAGACCCUCAGCCACAGCUGGUCCAGGGCUACAGGUGCAUGAGCGGCCAUACGGCUGGCAAUGGCUCAUGGGAGUUGCAGUUCAGCUGCAAUGUUUACCCUUUUGGGCACCAUUACUUUACAGAAAGGGCCGGGGUCUGUGAAUUUGGUGGCCAUGCUUUAAAAAAGGUAAAAUAAAUUAAUCAACUACUGGAGCAGCUAUGGAUUACAACCCCUUUUUCAGCGUCUGAAGCUUGCUGCCUGAGCAUGAUAGGUCAGAGGCAGCUGGAGUGCCAGUUCUUUUCACUUAUUGCUUUUGCGGGUGGUGGGGGUUAUUUUUUUUAAUUUUAUGCAGUGCUAAUAUAUAACCUUGAGUGCAUAACCAUGGACACAUUUAUUUAUUUAUAUAUAUCUCAUAGGUCAUAUAACUUGUGUGAAACAAGGAAGGAAUGUACAAACAGAUUGUUAGACAAGGUGCACAUUUAUUUAUUUAUAUAUACUAUUUCUGGCUAUUCUCAGCCAGCCUGCACCUUUCAGUUUCGGGCACAUAUUCUGCUAUUUAUGACCCCCCUCCCGCUAUCAUCAGUUGUUUUAAGUGUUAAACUCCAUCAGAUUGAUCAGUAUUGCUUCAGACCUGAGAAGGACAGGAAAACUCUCGAAAGCUUGUCUUUGAAAUAUUAUGUUUGUCCAAUAAAUAUAUAUAACUUGUUUUCUGAUAGGCCAGUGUACAUGUUAUUUACUAGACUUGUGUACAGAUGUUCUCCAGCUGGUACAAACAAGCCAAAUAACUUUUGAUCUGCGCCUGAGAAAAUCGAUCUGUCCAGGACUAACCUGUGGAGUCGUAUUCAGUCAGUAAGACUCCACAGGUAAAUCCCGGACGAGUCGUCUCACUCUGGCAUAUACUGAAAAUAAUUUGAUUCGUUCAUACCAGGUGAAGAGUAUAUGUGCGCAGGUUUGUCCCUGGUUUGCACAACAGGAUAUAUAAUCACUGCAUUAAGUAAUAAUAACAAUUUUUAAAAAUCGCUUCCCUCUUAUCCAUGUCAUUGUUGGGAGCUCUAUGAGCAAAAAAGUGAAAACAACUGGCACUCCAGCUGUACUCCCCUCAGUUCCAUCUGCUGAGCUUUGUGGGUGUUGCUCACCGUGUAACACCCACAUUCAGUCUGUCUUCAGCUCUUCCUGCUGUGAUUUGCUCUGAUUGGGGUCGCUUCCUUGCUUACUAUAGAACAUAUAGGUGAUACUCGAAAAAAUAGGAUAUUGUGCAAAAGUUCAUUUACUUCAGUAAUGCAACAUAAAAAGGGAAACUAAUAUAUGAGUUAGACGCAUUACAUGCAAAGCAAGAUAGUUCAAGCCGUGAUUUGUCAUAAGUGCGAUGAUUAUGGCUUACAGCUCAUGAAAACCCCAAAUCCACAAUCUCAGUAAAUUAGAAUAUUACAGGCAAUCACUAAAACAAAGAUUGUACAUAGAACAAUAUUGGACCCAUGAAAAGUAUAAGCAUGCAUAUGGACUCAGUACUUGGUUUGGGCACCUUUUGCAGCAAUUACUGCCUCAAUGCGGUGUGGCACGGAAGCGAUCAGCCUGUGGCACUGCCGAGGUGUUAUGGAAGACCAGGAUGCUUCAAUGUCGGCCUUCAGCUCUUCUACAUUGUUCGGUCUCAUGUCUCUUAUCUUUCUCUUGGCAAUGCCCCAUAGAUUCUCUAUGGGGUGCAGGUCAGGUGGGUUUGCUGGCCAAUCAAGCACAGUAAUCCCACGGUCAUUGAACCGUGCUUUUGGCAGUGUGGGCAGGUGCCAAGUCCUGCUGAAAAAUGAAGUCAGCAUCCCCAUAAAUCUUGUCUGCGGAAGGAAGCAUGAAGUGCUCCAAAAUCUCCUGGUAGUAGGCUGCGUUGACCCUGGACAGUGACUGUGGACCAACACCAGCAGAUGACAUGGCUCCCCAAAUCAACACAGACUGUAGAAACUUCACACUGGACUUCAAGCAUCUUGCAGUGUGUGCCUCUCCAUUCUUCUUCCAGACUCUGGGUCCUUGGUUUUCUAAAUGAGAUGCAAAAGUUGCUCUCCUAAGAAAAAGAGGAAUUUGGACCACUGAGCAACAGACCAGGUCUGUUUUUUUUCUUUAUCCCAGGUAAGAGGAAUACGACAUCUGAAGCCCAUUUCCAGGAUCCGUCUGUGUGUGGUGGCUCUUGAUGCACUGACUCCAGCCUCAGUCCACUCCUUGUGAAAGUCCCCAACUCUUCUGAAUGGCCUUUUCCUGACAAUCCUCUCCAGGCUGCGGUCAUCCCUGCUGCUUGUGCACCUCUUUCUUCCACACUUUUCCCUUCCACAUAACUUUCUAUUAAUGUACUUUGUUACAGCACUUUGGGAACAUCCAACUUCCUUCCGAAUUACCUUUUGAGGCUUUCCCUCCUUAUGGAGGGUGUCAGUGAUGGUUUUCUGCACAACUGUCAGGUCAGCAGUCUUCCCCAUGAUUGUGAUUCCUACUGAACCAGACUGAGAGACCAUUUAAAGGCUUUUGCAGGUGUUAUGGCUUACUUAGCUGAUUAGAGUGGGGCACUGAGCCUAGAAUAUUGCACCUUUUCACAAUAUUCUAAUUUACUGAGAUUGUGGAUUUGGGGUUUUCAUGAGCCAUAAUCAUUGCACUUAUGACAAAUCAUGGCUUGAACUAUCUUGCUUUGCAUGUAAUGCGUCUAUCUCAUAUAUUAGUUUCUUUUUUAUGUUGCAUUACUGAAAUAAAUGAACUUUUGCACGAUAUUCUAAUUUUUCGAGUAUCAGCUGUAAAAUGGGCAACUGUCAUCACAUUUUCACCAGCUUUAAAAAAAAAAAAUAGUUUAUUACAAUUAAUCAAACUUAAUGAUUUUUUUUUUUUUAAAAACGAUCUGUAUUAAUUAAAAUAUAUAUAUUUUUUUUUUUUAUUUUUUUUAUUUUUUUUUUGACAGAUGCUAUUUCCCUUAGUUAUCUCACGGAGGAACUAUUUUAAGUCAUAUUUUGUUUAUCUGACCAAAUGCUGCGCAACCAGUGCCAGCUGUGUGCAAAGGCAAGUUAGAUUGAGCAUCAGUUGGUCAGAUAACAGUCGAAGCAGACCGAACAUGGCUGCUCAGCCAGAUGAAAUCAAAGUGAAAUUUUCUCAAAUUUAUAUACAUCAUUUAAAAAAAAAAAAAAAUCACUUUCAUCAAAUGUAAUCUUUAAAAAGCAAGAAGUGGGUGGCGGAUCCUGUCACUCACGGAGAGCAGACGCAUGUCGGCAGAGCUCCUGUGGCUCUGCUGUAAUAAACCGCAUCUUACACUUACACGCAUGCUGCAUUCCCCAGGAAUUUGAUACAGGAGCUUGGGAGUGAAUGGGGAAAAGAAGCUUAAAUUCCUGGCGGGAGAACAAUAUCGUUAACCUCCUAUAAUCGCGGCUUGACCGGAACCCAACCUUUUCUCCUCUGAGGAUGAACUUCUGGAUGCUCCUGAUCACAUACCCGACAUGAAAGGCCUUGGCACUCUACUACCAGAGGAAGACCUCACAGCACCAGUUAACAAGGGUGACUUUAAGGCCCUAUUGCAAAACAUCAGAGAACUUUUGAAUGCAGACCUGUCAGUCAUAAGAGAAGAAAUCAUGGCGAUGACUGCCGAAGUCCAGGUGACGGAGGAUGACUUUUCUUCUAUGACUCACAGGCAAACAGAUGCAUCAGAGAAGAUGAACCAACUACAGGCCUCCCACCAGGCCAUGCAGGCCAGAAUGGACGCCCUUGAUAAUGUGCAGAGACGCAACAACAUGAAAACCCAGAGCAUAGCCAACACAAUCAAUGGGCAAGAACUGUCACACUCUGUUCUGCGCCUAGUGGCCACUCUCCUACCCCAACGCCAAGCCAAAUGCAUUCAAAUCGACCACUGCUUCCAGCUGCCUAAACCGGCUAUGGCUCCAGCCGAUGCCACACAAGAUGUCCUGGACCGCUUUCCUCUGUUCCAGGACAAAACAGCUGUUCUGUAGGCUCUAACUCGCUUACGACCUCCACUUGGUCGCUUAUGUGAGACCCAUGGAGCUUUAAUAUUAAUCACACUAGUGAUCUCUGCGCAAACUUUGGCAUUCUCCUGCUGCAGGGCUUACCACACGUGCAGGGAUUUUACAAAAUCUCCACCUGAUCAUCACUUUAUUAUACCCCAUUAUUGCAGCACUUUUUAGACCAAGCACCCGCAUUUUAUUUCUUUCAUUCAUAUUAUUUUAAAAACAAAACCAAGCUAGUGUUUCGUAUUGUUCUAAAUAUAAAAGAUAAAAAUGUGCAGUUUUGUUCCGACACCUUUCUGCUUCACCCAAUGUUUUUACCCGUGUUUGAUUGGUAAUACUGUGUCCUUACUUGCAAAUGUAUUACUACUACUAUCUACUAUGCACAAUUAAAAAAAAAAAAAAAAAAGUGAAAAAUGGAUGACAGCUGUGUUUUGUGUUGACUUGGAAUUUAUUCUCUGUUGAGAAUAGCUCUAUUAUAUCAGGUGUCCUGUUUUUCUUUUCUCCUAGCUCUCGAAGCUGAUCUCAAUAAGAAGAUUUUUGGCCAGCAUCUGGCUAACAAUAUCAUCCUGCGGGCAUUAAAUGGAUUUUUCAGUAAUCCAAACCCUAAGAAACCACUUGCAUUAUCUUUACAUGGCUGGACCGGGACGGGGAAGAACUUCAUCAGUAAAAUCAUUGCAGACAACAUGUAUCCAUUAGGCAUGGAAAGCAAGUUUAUCCAUCUAUUCAUCUCCACCCUACAUUUUCCUCACGACAGCAAGAUCCAAUUAUACAAGGUACAUUAAGACACCCUCUGUAUUCACUUAUAUUUGUAGGUCUGAUUAAAGUAGGGGUAGAUUUCACGGGAUACUAUAGUUACCAGAACAACUACAGCUUAAUGUAGAUGUUCUGGAGAGCAUAAUCAUUCCCUUCAGGCAUUUUUAUGCAAACACUACCAUUUCAGAGAAAUGGCAGUGUUGACAUUGCCCCUAGACUCAAGAGUCUGGCACUCAGACUGCCACUAGAGGUGCUUCUUGGACCUGUGCUGCACAUGUGCAGCACUGACGUUCAUCUUCUCGUACUACUACUCAUUAGAUGGUCACUGGAGGUGCUGCUCAGUGUACAGCACUGCCGUUAAGUGUCUCCACGCUGUGCAUGGAGACGCUGAAUUUUCCUCAUAGAGAUGCAUUGAUUCAAUGCAUCUCUACGAGGAGGUGCUGAUUGGCCAAAAUAGCAUUUGGCCCUUCCCCAUCCCACCUCUUUGCUGAUUUCAGCCAAUCCAAUGCUUUCCCUAUGGAAAAGCAUUGAAUGGCUAAAAAUCGUACAUUCUAAUGAUGGCCCUGUCCCGAAUCUGCCUCCUUAGUGACAUUGCCGGUGGACCCGCGCAGACCUGAAAAUAAAGUAAGUUUUAACCCCUUCUAAUCGGUCAAGCCACCUAAAUGGUGGUUUUAACUUGCUUGCAUUCCAGCGUCACAAAUGCCCAGAGAACUUACUGCUGUAUAUAACCUGCAGAUACUGCUUUUGCUAGUUUACUUUUUCACAGAUGUAUUUGUUUAAAAAACAACCAUAAUGCCGUAAGCUUUUAUGUAGGUAACAAGAUAUGCUCUUUUAGCCAAAUUGGCAGUGCCUGUUUUUGUGCUGUGUGCUCAUCACUGGAAGUCCAGUAUGCAAUCACAGAAUGCCAGAACAUUGUCAAUGAUGCUUGCUAGAGCACCCAGCACCGCAAUCCACCACAUUUUAAAGGUUAAUAAACCCAUACUGUACUCUCCUGAUCCAAUGUCCCUUGGUGCUCUCCAAUUGUCUCCUCAUGUCACGCAGUAGGCACACGUUAAUGCUCAUGCGUGCCGAACAACGCAAUCGCAUUAGGCCCGCGUCAUAGGAAAGCAUUGCUGCAAUGCUUUCCUGUGGGGUUUUGCUUGGCUACGAACAUCCUCAUGCAGAGCGUCCUCAGGAAGUACCUCUAGUGGCUGUAGGGGAAGUUUUAACACUGCAAUGUAAUUAUUGCACUUUUUCAGAAACUACAUUAAUUAACAUUGCAGGGAUAUUGCACCAAGACCACUGCAAUGAGCCGAAAUGGUAUGGGUUCCUAUAGUGUUCCUUUAAAUAAGGGCCCAUAUUUGAUUUCACACAUUGAUGAUGCCAAUUUGGACUUGAGCACUGCACAAUAAAAAUACAGUGGGAUAUCUUCACUGAGAACACUUUAAAUUCCACUUUUGCAAUAAAGUCAUAUAAAUAUGAAAAUAUUAAAAGUAAUGGUUAUUUUUGCUACUUAUGUCCUAUAUGUAAUUUAUUCUUUCACACAAACAUAGUUAAAACAUGCAGACUGAGCAUGCUGUUGCUAUGGUACCAGAAGUGCCUUGGCUCACCUAAUGCAAGUAGUCCAUAUGUCCUGUAGUUGUUAUGGUGCUUGGCGUGUUCCUAUAACUCUAUUAGAUGUUAUAGUGUAUGGGGUAUGGGUUCGGUUUUAUUUAAUUGUAUAUAAUGAAGAAAAUCUCUAAACAAACAAGACAAGUCAUAUAACUCCCUGUCUUUGGCACAGGACCAGUUGCAAUCGUGGAUUCGUGGAAAUGUCUCCAAGUGUGAGCGUUCAUUAUUUAUAUUCGAUGAGAUGGACAAACUCCACCCAGGACUAGUUGAUGCAAUCAAACCAUAUUUGGACUAUUAUGAUCACAUAGAUGGUGUAUCCUAUCGCAAAGCAGUCUUCAUUUUCCUUAGGUAAGGGCUAAUAUAGGAUGUGGCAAUGCUAUUACCUCUGUAAAGCUGAUGUCUCUAAUCCUUUGUUCUCUUGCAACCAAAAUACAAAUGUCAUGGUCCCUGGGAGAAUAGAGCAUCUUUGGAAUCACACUACCAGUUGUUGGCUUCAUCAUGUACAUAUGUAAUUGUUUUGAUAUUGGUGCCUUCUAGAUGUAGAUUUAGAUCUAAUGUUUAAAGGGGAAAUGUCAACUGCACAACUCAAUAGCUAACUAAAGUUUUUGUAUUGGUUGUGUUUGGUUUUUAUAUUUCUGACUUUUUAUACCAUGUGUGAAACUUAGGUCAAGUCACAGCUUGGUAUACAGAGUAAAAUAUCAUGAACCAAAUUAUUCAGGUUUCUAGACAAGUAAAUGAAAAACCUUUCUUUUCUUUUAUAGAAAAUAAUGAAAUUAUAAAGUCAAAUCUCAACAACUAAAAUUUUAUAUAUAUAUAUAUAUAUAUAUAUAUAUAUAUAAUAUUUUUUAAACUACCUUAUCGACUCUCCUCUGUUUAUUUACCUUUUCUGGUUAUUCCCAGCCAGCCUGCACCUUUCACUUUCAGGCACAUCUUCUGCUUUUCAUGACACCCCACCCACCCCCACCCCCAUUUCUCUAUCAUCAGUUGUUUUAAGUGUUAAACUCUGUCAGAUUGAUUAGUAUUGCUUCAGACCUGAGGAAGAGAGGAAGCUCUUGAAAGCUUCUCUUUGAAAUAUUAUGUUAGUCCAAUAAAAAAAUAAAAAAAAAUUGCAUACUUCAAUACUCUGGUAUUUUGGCAUUUUAUAUACAGUAUCUCACAAAAGUGAGUACACACCUCACAUUUUUGUGAAUAAUUUAUUAUAUCUUUUCAUGUGACAACACUGUAGAAAUGACACUCUGCUACAAUGUAAAGUAGUAAGUGCACAGCCUGUAUAACAGUGAAAAUUUGCUGUCCCUCAAAAUAACUCCACACACAGCCAUUAAUGUCUAAACCGUUGGCAACAAAAGUGAGUACACCCCUAAGUGGAAAUGUCCAAAAGGGGCCCAAAGUGUCAAUAUUUUGUGUGGCCACCAUUAUUUUCAAGCACUGCCUUAACCCUCAUGGGCAUGGAGUUCACCAGAGCUUCACAGGUUACCACUGGAGUCCUCUUCCACUCCUCCAUGACGACAUCACGGAGCUGGUGGAUGUUAGAGACCUUGCACACCCCCACCUUCCGUUUGAGGAUGCCCCACAUGUGCUCAAUAGGGUUUAGGUCUGGAGACAUGCUUGGCCAAUCCAUCACCUUUACCUUCAGCUUCUUUAGCAAGGCAGUGGUCAUCUUGGAGGUGUGGUUGGGGUUGUUAUCAUAUUGGAAUACUGCCCUGUGGCCCAGUCUCCAAAGGGAGGGGGAUAAUGCUCUGCUUCAGAAUGUCACAGUACAUGUUGGCAUUCAUGGUUCUCUCAAUGAACUGUAGCUCCCCAGUGCUGGCAGCACUCAUGCAGGCCCAAACUAUGACACUCCCACUGCUAUGCUUGUAUACUUGUCUUUGUACUCCUCACCUGGUUGCCGCGACACACGCUUGACACCAUCUGAACCCAAUACGUUUAUCCUAGUCUCAUUGGACCAUAUGACAUGAUUCCAGUAAUCCAUAUCCUUAGUCUGCUUGUCUUCAGCAAACUGUGGGCUUUCUUGUGUAUCAUCUUUAGAAGAGGCUUCAUUCUGGGACAACAGCCAGGCUGACCCCCCCACCCCAUGAACCUCUGCAGCAAUGCUGGCAGCACUCAUACAUCUAUUUCCCAAAGAAAACUUCUGGAUAUGACGCUGAGCAUGUGCACUCAACUUCUUUGGCCUAUCAUUACGAGGCCUGUUCUGAACGGUACCUGUCCUGUGAAACCGCUGUAUGGUCUUGCCCCUCGGGCUACAGCUCAGUUUCUGGGUCUUGGCAAUCUUCUUAUAGCCUAGGCCAUCUUUAGAUGGAGCAACAAUUCUUUUUUUCCAGAUCCUCAGAGAGUUCUUUGCCAUGAGGUACCAUGUUGAACUUCCAGUGACCAGUAUGAGAGAGUGUGGGAGCGAUAACACCAAAUUUAACACACCUGCUCCCCAUUCACAUCUGAGACCUUGUAACACUUAAGAGUCACGUGACACCAGGGAGGGAAAAUGGCUAAUUGGGCCCAAUUUCCACUUAGGGGUGUACUCACUUUUGUUGCCAACAGUUUAGACAAUAAUGUUUGUGUUGAGUUAUUUUGAGGGAACAGCAGAUUUACACUGUUAUACAGGCUGUAUACUUACUACUUUUCUUCAGUGUUGUCACAUGAAAAGAAAUUAUAAAAUAUUUACAAAAAUGUGAGGGGGUACUCACUUUUGUGAGAUACAGUGUGUGUGUGUGUAAUAUAUAUAUAUCCACUAGAGGACACGUCCGUGUUCAUAGAACACGAAAAGUGUGUUAUACAACGCUGGACGUCCUCACGCUAUGUGAGGACCUCCAGCAUCGCCGAAAUCCCCAUAGGAAAGCAUUAUUCAGUGCUUUCCUAUGGGGAGGUCUAAUGCGCAUUAGGUCUCCCCCACUGCCGGCUGCACAUGCGCAAUAGGUCUCCCCCGCCGGCUGACUUCGGGGGAGGAGCGUAGGCAGAGCUGGAUCCAGUGCCAAGGGACAUCGGCGCUGGAUACAGGUAAGUCACUAAAGGGGGUUUUAACCCCUUCAGCAACUUGGGAUGGGAGAGGGGACCUGCAGUGCCAGGAAAACAGCAAAUUUUCCUGGCACUGGAGAGUCCCUUUAAGUUAGGGAAUGAAAUAUAGCUUACUUGCAUAAACAGGACUUGACCACUAGAUAUCAGUGUUUUCCCAUUCCACAUGAAUAUGGCUAGAGAGCAUUAUACACUGUAAAAUAAGUCACUCUCCGUCCUGUUAAAUCUCAUCUGUGUCCUUCUAUGACAAAUAAUAACUUUGGAACUUGCAGAGUAUUCUAGGUUGAUAGAGAGAAAGAAAUACAUAAUCUAGCAGCUGUGACAGCUGCCUUCAAGAGAAUUUUCCAAGGCAUAGUCAGAAAAACUCUUUUUAGAUAAGAGGUUGAGUGUGUCCCAAUUACAUUUUACACAGACAGCUGAAACGCAAACAAGUCUUACCUUCUUAGUAUCUCCACGUUCAUGCGCAUCAUGGUAAAACUGGCGUUGGCCAUUUUUGGCUUUCUUUGAAAAUGUAGUUGGGUAAAUAUUGACCCCUCCAAUUCACAACUACAGUAAAUGAGCUAGCAUGGUAAUUCAGACAAACUAUCUUGAGAAAAUUAAUUGUAUCCUGAAAUCUUCUGUACAUAGCGUGCCCUCACAAAUGCUCAAAUAAGCAGAACAAGACAAAAUACAACUGUGCAUAUAUUUAGAGAAGAGCCUGUGUUGUACUGUUUGUUUUCAUUUACCUCAUGUAACCAGAUUGUAAGUUCUCUUCAACUGUAAUGAGAUAAUAUAAAUAUAUUAUAUUUUUUAUAUAUAUAUAUAUAUAUAUAUAUAUAUAAAUAUUAUAGUAAUCUGGAGGGGGGGCAAUAGGGGAGAGUAUGUAUGCGUGUGAGCAUAGUACAACUACACUAAAUCGUAUUCUCCACAUUUGUUCAGCAAUGCAGGGGGAGACCUGAUUACUCGUAAGGUGCUGGAGUUUUGGAAAGAUGGGAAGAGCAGGGAAGAUUUGCAGCUUAAGGAUUUGGAAUCUGUGCUUUCUGUUGGUCUGUUCAACAAUAAAAACAGUAAGUGCAAUGCUAGGUGUUUAUAUAAAGACAUGGCCAGAAGUAUUGGUUCCCUUGCAUUUUAAAGUAACACUAUAGGAUUCCUGACCCUAUAACGUUAAAACCAACCAUUUAGCUCCCUCUUGCCCUUCUAAAUACAGCAGACUCUUACAUUUAUUCCAGUCUGCUCCUGCUGGCUCUGCCCCUGAUCUGCCUGCUUGGCUGACAUAAUCAGAAGUGGUGUUCUGCGCCACUCACAAUAGGAAAGCACUGGGUUGGCUGAGCUUGUCAAGUAGGCAGAUCAGGGGCAGAGCCAGCACCUGCCAAACAGUCUUGGACAAUCAACAUCUCCUCAGAGAGAUGCAUUUCAUCAAUGGAUCUCUGAGGAAAGUUUUUAGUGUUUGCAUGCAGAGAGUGGAGACACUAAAUGUCAGUUCCAUUGUACAGCACUGCCCAAUUUAGUAGCUAUCUGAGGAGGCUAGUGGAGGCAUCCCUAUGCUGUAAUGUAAACACUGCCAUUUCUUUGAAAAAAACAGUGUUUACUGCAAAAAGCCUGAAGGGAAUGACUAUACUCACCAGAACAAAUACAAUAUGCUGUAGUUGUUCUGGUGACUAUAGUGUCCCUUUAAUCAAAUGCUGUAAUGUACCAUUCGCCCUGAACUCCAGCUGGAAGUUACCAAAAUGAAUGUUGAUGAGCCACAGUCCUUCUGGGAGAAUGUUCUCUGGACAGAUUAAACAGAGAGCUUUUUGGCAAGUUCCAACUCCUGUUUAAAGAAGGGAAAAAGGUUUAAAAAAAAAACUCCAUCCCUAUUGUAAAACACGGAGGGCUCAGUGAUGGGUGCACACAAUCUGUGCAAGGCAUGAUGAAAUCCCAAGACUAUCAAGGCAUUCUGGAGCGAAAGCUGUGUCUUAUUUGCAGGUCAUGCGUCCUUCUGUGGGUUAAGACCUGAAACAUACUUUAAAAAGCCCCCAAUAAUGUAAUGAAAUAAAAUAUUGGACCAUUCCGAAAUAGCCUUCUAUGUGUCCAGAUCAGUAUUGCAUCGAACAUCUGUGAAUAAAGAAUAGUGGAUGCCAUAUACUUUUUGUCAGUUUUACAUGCAGAGAAAACGUGCAUUUUGUUAAAAAUGUGAAAGGUUACCAAUACUUUCUGCAACAUCUGUAUAAGCUAUAUAAAUGUGGGGGGUUUUUUUUGUUUUUUUUUCCAUUGUUUUUAUUUUGCAUUUUUGGGUAGUCUAUUUAUGUAGUAAAUCAUCACAAUAAACCCCGAAAUAUGUUGAUGGUAAAUGCACUUCUGCUAAGACUGUUCUUGCUUACUUAGUACUUAAAUGACUGUGCUAAAACAGACUCUUCCAAUGAUGUCCACAUGUUUUGUGAAUCUAGAUAAUUAAUACUCCCUGCAAAGAUCCACCGACUGUUUUACAUGCCAUAAUUAUUAAGUGUAGGGACGUUACUAGGUACAAUAUCUAGGAGUGUGUGAAUAUAAUAAGAAUAAAAUAAUCCAAAUAAUCAAAUACCAUUGUCCUUUGCUAUUUUCUACAGGUGGAUUUUGGCACAGCACUCUGAUUGAGAAGAAUCUGAUAGAUUUUUAUGUUCCCUUUCUGCCACUGGAAUUUAGACACGUGAAAAUGUGCGUGAUGGCAGAGCUGAAGGAACGAGGCUUUGAACCUGACGAGGGUCUUGCAGGGGAAGUGGCCAAGGAAUUAACAUAUUACCCAAAAGUGGAAAAACUGUUCUCAGACAAAGGUUGCAAAACCGUGUCAUAUAAACUAGACCUCUAUGUCUAACAUCUACCCAGUGCCAUUGCCACAAGCCUACUCCUUUUUUGAUGCCUUUCAUGUGGACAUGUAGCAACUGCCACGUGAUUUCGGAUUUUUUUUUUUUUUUAACAUUCCUUGACUUGCACCGAUUUAAACAUUUUUAUAUUGACUCUUGGAAAUGAUCACUUUUGACUGAUUUUUCUAUUUACAUCAAGUGGCUGUUACUUUUAUACUAAGAAUCCUCAUGGAUGCAUCAGAAUUUACUUUAACUGUGCCUUGUUCUGUCCUGAUAAUUUGCAAAUGAGGUGGUGGACCCUUAUGACAAUUUCUCGUUGGGCGGUGUCACUUAACUGACUUUGAGUGGUUUUUUUGUCCAGCCCCCACCCACUUUCCAAAUGACCGAAAGACUCCAGUAAGGGCAUCUGGAGUCAAAAUUUCUAUUUUUCAUUGUUUGUUUUGUAUUAUUUUAAGAGGAAUCUUCUUGACCCACUGUCUUGGUCUGUAGUUCAUCCUCAUUCAAUUAUGGGAAUACCCGACGCCAAGUGAUUCCAACACUGCCAAAAAUUCAGUUUUACAUGGUUACUUAAUCGUAGCUAUUUGGGAGCAAAAUUUUUAUAAAUCUGGCUCAGUCACUUAAUGUUAGUUUAUAAAGAGCACACAUUACUAGUAAAUUAUUGAAAAUGAAAUGUUAACUGCUCAAGGUUCCAAAGUCAUCGGGGGAUUUGAAUAUUCAAUUUUUAAAAAAAGUAUUUUUUUUAAUGCUUAAAUCUGUAGGAGAAAUUAUGCAAAAUAAUUUAAACCAUUUUUCCAAUUUUAAUUGUUGGGUGAAAUGCUUAAUCAAUUUAAAAGUUCACUGUCAUCCUCAAAACGUAGAUGACAAGGUCAGCUUAAGAUAUGUAUAUAAGUCUAGUCUAUAUCUUGUUUUGCAGCAUGAAUGAAAAUAUGACUUCUGAUUUCUCCAGUAUGACCACUGCAAAGAAUGUAAGUGCAUCAGUCCACACUGGUCACUGAAGCAUUUCACAAACGCCAUCUUGCAGAUCCUGAUGAGCACUUAGGAUGAAAUAUAAGCCUUUGCUGACUGAUGCACACACUUGCAAUGGGCAAAAUUAGUUUGGUAUUAAAAGUAAAAAAAUAAAGAACAGUACAAACCGAAUGUAAAACAUUGUCAAGCAUUGAAUAUAUGAAAAACAGCAAGUGUGAAAAUGGUGCUGUAAAUAUAUUAAACGUAGCCGCAACCGUGCCCUGUGCCUUUAAAUAUAGACGUGACUUAAUUAAAACAAUAAAAAGUUGUAAAGAAACACUUGUAUAAGUGCUCUGUGUUUGAUGUGAUCACCACAACUCUUUGUGAUUAAGUAGUUACAUAAGUAAUGGUC